AUGGAUUACAGUGAUUCGAGGAAUACCCUCUCACCGGACUAUUAUUCAAAGGAACACACCAGUUCUGAGGGCAUGUUACUGCGCGUUGGCAGACGCAUGAGCCAUGCUUUUCACUUUAGACCGUCUGUCGGAAAAAUUUUUGAGGAGUGAGUGAACACGUUUUUAUUAUUUUGUGUGAGAGCCCUAGCAGAAUUCAAAACAAGUGAUAUAUUUUUUGCAAUGCUGGCAUUAUGAUCAUAGAAGGAUGUAGAUGCUUGCACCGGUUCUUUCAUAAAUACUCUUUUAAGUGAACAAAAUAGGCAACUCAAAAAUUUAACAAAUUAUUAGUCAAAAUGAAAUAAUAAAAAGGCAAACAAAAAAUUAACCUCACGAAUUUUUUGGCCUUUAAGUCCAACAAUGUUCCUAUUCAUACGAAAGAAAAAAAGGCAGUCGACGAUAUAAAAAGUAAAAAGAUUUUAUUUGCCGGCAAGUUGUUCUGCUACUCACUGCUAAACGACAUGUGCCCAUUUUUGCGGUUGUAUAUUGACAAACAAAUACGUGACGAUAAUAGAACAGGGCAAUGGUGUGCGGCUAGAAAAAUUGUCUUUAGAAAAUGCAAGCUGGAUGUUUAAAAAUGCCAAUGUCAGUAGCGGAUUUGAGAUAAAAUUCGCGGUAAGAAGGCAUUAAAAUGGAUUUUUAAAUUUCACACCGCAAAUUAGUCAAAACACUUAGUCGUGCAUUGCUAAUUGACUGCUCUUUUUAUGAAAAAAUAAAGCCAGUCUCCUGUCUUAGAUAAACUGUUAUUUUGCAAAUUUAAAGAUAAAUUAAAAAUUUUAGUUGCUUAAAGAGUAUGACUGGGUAAUUUUAUAUGUAGCCUGUGGAAUGACUUUCUAAAUUUAGCAGAACCAAUCUAAAUGAGGUAAAACGGCCUUUUUGCAUGGGUGCAGCGAAGGUACUCAUGAAGAGAGGACAGGGCCUUUUCACUGUAAGAAAUAUUUAAACAAUGGAAUGAACGUCCACGCACUCGUUGCAAAUUGUUAUGCAAAAAAGUGGGUUUUUAUGACGAUGUACCGCCUAUUAAUUUAGACGCAUUGAACUGGAAACAAUCUGCGUCUCUUUGUCUUACAGCUAUUUAUCGUUGAAUUUCUCCCUGGGAAUGUAAAACAUAUUUAACUUACAAGACCUAGUAAAUUGAUGAUAGUAAUGUACAAAUUCGGCUUUUACUGUCUAACGACAAUCCUGAGUCAUACUGCACUUCUCUUUAUUACAAAUUUCUGAAAUAUGAAUGACAUAGACUUUAUUCUGGAAAUAACCAAAUAGGUAACAAAAUAACAAUUUGGCCAACUCGAGGCCCUUAAUUCCACGGAUAAUGCAAAUCUCUGAGCAUGAUCUUAGUUUAGCUCAUUUGACAGAGCUUUUUAAACGGGCCGACAAAAAAUUUAAUUAUAAAGCAGAUGAACGCUAUUAAGUAACUUCACUGACAUAAGUUUGAAACAUUUCCAUUCAGUCGGAAUUGCGACCUUCACAAGCGACGGCGCAUUUGAAAUAUUGGGUAAUAUUUGCCGAGCCGUGACUCGGUUGCGGGAUAUUAGCACUUUACCGACGCACUGCAGGGUCUUUUACAUGUUUACCUCUGCAAAUUGUGUACGGCUCAGCGCGCUACAGUUUGCUGGCAAAGUUAAAAACUGCUUCAUACAUAUUAUGUUCGUCAUCGUAAAAAGAGAAAAAUAUUUUUUGUGUAACAUUCCUUAUAUUACGAAUAAAAAAACAACUGCCUAAUCGGUGCAGCAAAAUUUGGGAAACUAGUAAUAUGUUUUGCAGAAGGAACUCUGGGAAAUCACACCCUAACAUUUAACUGGUGAUCGGGGCCAACAUUGUCAAGAGUUUUCAGUUUUAAAUAGACAACUCUGGUUCCACUCAAGACAAUGUAGCCGAAAAUGAGCUGUUUGUAUUUUCGGUGCGUUCUCCGCAGAUCAAGUUGAACAGUUUAUUUAAGAAUGACACUUUCUUAGAUUAAAAAACUUCUUGAGCCACUGAAGGCCCAGACACGCGUUCUGCCCUACACCCAGGGGUUGCAGGACACAGCUGCGGGAUGUUCGGCUCAUCAGUUUAUAAAUAUUAUCUUUAUAAGAUUUUCUCUAAUCUGAACAUCGACUUGGGGUAAAUCAUUUUAAAAUAAUGCUUUGUAUCACCCAACUGACGUUUGACAUCAACUUUUAUGAAUGGUUACCUCAAUAGAUGCUUUGAUAACAGCUUUCACGUUCAGCGACUUUUUCACGCUUUGUGCGGGCCUGAAAAAGGGUAAAUCGAGACAGGAUAUAUGUAGGAACAUGAUCGCCUGUAAAAGAUAACAGCUAAGCAAUUGUUCCGCUUUAUAAAAUACUCUGAAAACACGACCUUCUUCUGGAUCUUCAAGUUUGCUAAAUUCCUUUGUUUUUCAAAUUAACAGUAGCGACUCACCGAGUUUGUCCUUUGUCGUCAGCUUAAGUUCUUUGGUGUUUAGACUGUCUCAUAAGCAGCCCAAUUUGCCUGCCUUAUGUAAAAAUAUUUUUCAUUCUUUUUCUGUUUUUCAAUCCCCGCUGGUAAGCUUAGGCGGUUAAAUAGAGAAGAUAACUUUCAGUAUACUUACUACACUUAAUCACGUUCAAAAAACAUAUUCAUGUGCCUUUGGCUGAUUGUUUGCAAUCUUAAAAAGGAAUUCACGGAAUGAUAAUUUAUCUGGGAAAACAGCAUCGAGGGCAAAAAAUAUAUGCUAGAAACGUCAGGUCUUUGUGUGAAUAAUUCAGAAGUUUUGCGUCUCGGGAGAAGGACCGCAGACUAAGGUGCAACAUAGCUCCCAUAAGGACUAAAACUCACACCUCUUAUAGCAGGAAAAACCCAUAAGCAUAGGUUUUUUCUAUUUAGCUGGACAAUUUCAGACUUUUUUCAUUGGUUAUAACAAGUGGUGACUACAACUAUAAGGAAAUUAAGGGGUUACAUCUAAGUACGAAGAGGACUUCCUAAGAAUGCUAUUUCUUAAUAAGAUCACAGAGGUAAAACGCGAAAAUGGUUAUCAUCUCAUUUUUUGAUUUUAAAGCAGUUAUCUGGUCAACACAAUACUAAGAUAAUGAUAUGUAUUUUACAAAAGUUAGCAUAAUGAGACUUGGCGUAGGAGAGCGUUUGCAUUUUACGAAAACAGGAAAUUAUAGCGGCUGCUUCUGAUUAAGUAUUCUGUAAUUUCUUUCUACUUCAUAGCACUUAUAUUUUACAUGGCUGAUUUUCUGAGCAGUUUGGGCUCAGUUUUGAAGACACUUCAAAACAUUAGCCCAAUUAAGACGAUCUCACAAAACAUUAAAUAAUUAACUUUAAACAUUAAGGACGGCUUAUUGUACAUAAUAUUUUAUGGAGAUGAAUUUGUGCUUUGUUUUACGUUCCUGUUAACUUAAUCUUGCACACGUGACCGCACCCGUACUUUUAACAAAGUAGAUCAGUAUGUUCUAGGGUCUAUAAGCGCAGAACAAAAUUCGAUGUAUGAAUAUCUCGGCCGAAGUCCAUCAGUAACAGCGGAUGUCCGCGUAAUAUUCAUCAACUGCCGAUAGGCAGUUAUCAGUACAUUUUUAUGGUAAGCGAAUACCGUACUAAUAGCACAGGUUCUGCAACCUCGCAGUUAAAUUCUGAAGAAAUCAAAAAAUAACAAAUGCUAAGUUGGAGCAUUUGCCGGAAAGCAGAUCGGGAAUGCUGUGGGUUCCAAUGAUGAGCUGGACCCCUCGCAACUGUGUCAUGCAGCGGCAGACUAUCGGCAAAACACGCGUGUCGGGGGUUUAAGCUAGUCCCUCUACCGCUAGUAUGAUAGCCUGUAAUGCUAAAACAUACUACUAGCUUCCUGUCAGCAGCUAAUGUAUAUUACGCGAUUACCCGCGGUGGAUGAUGGAUUUCGGCACGAAUAUUUAUACAUAAACUUUACUCUGAACCUAUAGAGCCUAGAAUCUGAUGACAAAACCCAAGUUGGAGGUUAAAUUCUUAAGGAAUUUAAAAGACAACUAUUGAAAAAGUUUUUAUUUUGGCUCUUUAGACCAGCAGUCUCCAUUUACAUAGCACCGAACCAGCACAAUUAUUAAUGCUACUUACCAAGUAAACAACAUUCUAUUGCAGUUUCACGACUAACAUAUGACCUUUUCCUAACGACAUAAAGAUAUGUUUGGUAUUCGAUCGAUGGAAAGCAUACAGAUUCUGGUUCGAAAACCCCAAGUGCAUGCGUAACGGGUGAUCGGGUGUAAAAUCAACCGAAACCUGCUUAUGUUCUUGAAAACUGACAAACACUCUUUCUUUGGGUGUGAGAUGUAAAGAGGACGUAAUUUGCUAUCAGAUGAGCUCAGGGAGGAAGGUUUUGCUACCGUUUUUCUAGAAAAUAUAGGCGAAUUCUUAAGCAUCUCAAAAAUCACUCGGGAAUAUUUGCCCUAUUUAAACCGCAAUUUUGUACAAAGUAUAAUUUCUUCAGAGAGCCAAAAAAUAGCUCAUUCAAAAAUUGAAUUCUUGCGUGACUGGAGUAUCUUGUAGAUAGGCUGCAAAGUAAGAAAUAUUACAACCCCUUUGUUAGUAAUCUCCAGGAAUCAGAAUUGCGGUUAGCAUUUCAUGGUAUAGCACAACUACUAAAAGUCUAGCCGAGCCGAUACUGCUCAAAUUCUAAUCCCAAAGCGUUCAUAAAUCACUUUCAUCUUAUGCAAUUUGAAAGUUUUAGCUUAGAAGUGCUGCAGUAUUUUGCAGAGGAAUCACUGACAUGCUAAGAGAUCUGCUCCUGGUUAAUGCCUGAGCACAGUUCAGUUAAAGUACAAACAUCUAGAAACACCCUGCUGGAUUAUCACAGUCGCAUGAAUAUCUGUCAGCUGAUGACAACAUUACUUUUUCACAUAUGUAAGACUAAACGACUUAGCUGACAGUUGAGCGACAAUUACUAGUUACUGAGUCAAAAGCAUCUUGACAUAAUCUGUGACUGCCACCAUUAGGAUAUUUGUGGGGAUACUUUCUGCGGAAAAACCAACCCACUGAGUCAGGAAAUGGCGUUAUUCCAUGUGUUUUCCGGAAUAAACUAACUCAGUAACAAGAAACCUGUAAUAGGAGACUCUUUUUAGUGGAAAUGGGCGGGCAUAAAGCAUAAAAAUGAUCCAAAAAUUCACACAAGUUUCUGCAGUAUUUUUUACACAAAACAAAUCAAUGGGGGACUUAAAAGAGCAAUAUGAAUGGACAAUCCAGUGCAAUAGGCAGCAAUACGAGAAACAGGGUUCCUGCGGUAAAAUGAGACUCAAAGUCUGAUGGCGUCCGCACCUUUACUGCGCCAGUACUCACUUUGGUUUAGUAGGCUGUGCUUGGGCGCAUUAAUUAAAAUUACGAAGCCGCGCUAAACAGCGAGCAGAACUUGCACAAAUGCGUCUGCAGUCUAGUCGUCAGAGACAUAAUUUGCGGAGCAUAUGAGUUCGAAAUCAGCCUAAAGAGAUGACCUGAGGCGAUAGACUUCCAUGUGAUUUAACUGUCCGCUUGGGUUUCGGAUAAGAGCUUGUAAUAGAACGCCAUUUCUGAUACAACAAGGAGUCACAAAUCAGCAUACUUCGAAAAGCCCGCUUAAUGCGAAAAAAUAGACUUCCUUUAUCCCCUGAAACCCUGACGGCGCUCGCCAUUAACUAAUCAUUUCAAAAUAUCACAUUUUCUCCAUGACCCUUGGAGUAAAUGUUUUUUGUCUAUGUAAGGCCUUCCGUAAUGAAAACAAGAAGGGAUCAUUUUUGGUCUGCUAAAAGGGCCAAAAAUAACUUUCGAAGAUGCAAUUCAGAAUUUCAGCCAACAUUUCAUGGGCUUUUCAAAGCACUUCUUUUCAAUCUCCUGUAGAAAGCGUGCUCGUUAAAAAAUGACAACUUAAGUAGCAUGCAUUUUUCCCAUUGAUUUUCGAUGGGCUUUGAUAUUCAAAUAUAUUUUAUAGAAGCCAUGAACAGAAAUAUGUCUCCGUUUAGUUAAUCAAUAGAGAAUUACGUCUUCUUUAUAUUUUAUACUUAAGCAAGGAGUAUAAUGAUAUUUUAAAAAAGUUUUCGAAUUUCCGAAUAAUUUGGAGACGGAUCAUUCGUUGUAUUAGCGCUUAGGUGCAUGCGUUCCGCGUAAAGAAAGUCACAUAUUUUCCUAUUCCGUUAAAGAGAUAUCAUACAGAAUCCAUAAAAUUUUGCAAUGGAUGCAGACCAUGUUGUACAUUUCAUGAGGAGCAGUGGUAAACGGUUAGGUACGAUGCUAUGUAAAUGGAAAUUUCGCGGACUUAAAACGUGUCAUGAUAAGAAACCUUUUAAAAACCUAAUUAUGCUCCUUCCUUAAGUAUAAAAUACAAAGAAGACGUAAUUCUCUAUUGAUAAACUAAAAGGAAGCAUAUUUUUGUUCAUGUCUUCUAUAAAAUAUAUUUGAAUAUCCAAGCCCAUCGAAAAUCAAUGGGAAAAAUGCAUGCUACUUAAGUUGUCAUUUUUUACUGAGCACGCUUUCUACAGGAGAUUGAAAAGAAGUGCUUUGAAAAGCCGACAUCCUGCCGAGUUAUAAGUGUACCACAAGAUAAGGAAUAUUACAAUCGCGACCAAGUAAUCCUUCCUAAUCGAAAACGCACUUCAGAAUUUUAGCCAACAUUUCAUGAGAUAGGUCACUUACUUUAAUAUAUUAUUGCAGAAGCCAGACGACAGAGUCUAGGGGUAGAUUGAUGCAGCACUGUUUCGGGAUUAUUGUGCCUUCAUUUAGCCAAGCACAACCCUGACAACCAGCUGGGACCGGAAACACAAACAUGCGCACAGACACACCUGGCGCAGCUGGUCCACCACUGGGGUCUACCAGAUGGGUCAUAAGCACUUCAUCGAACAGAAGUUCAUCAGCGCCUCGCCAUCAGCCAUUCUCUGUGAAUAUGCAUUCUCUUUGAAUAUGCGGCCGUAUAAAUUUUAUAGUUUAAUAUAUAACACGCGCCUAUUGAUUGCGCGUAUCGGUUUCUGGCUAGCGGAUAUUGGCCCAAAUAUUCACACCACUUCCCGGACCCAUCAUAAAUCGAUUUUCCCAGAGAAUUUGUUUUAUGUUCGCGUACUAGUCUAGGGCAAAACAUAAAAGGUUCAGUGAUGCCAAUCAGUUUUCCUGAAUUGUGCCAUAAACAGUAUUAUACACAAUUGUGUAAUUAUUUACCAUACUAAGAACACAGGUAUUAGUUGAAAGCCCAGACACGUGUUUUGCUGAUAUUACGCAGCUGCUUGACACAUCUGUUAGGUGUUGGGCUCAUCAGCGGAUACUCCAUAUUUUAACUCAAAUAUUCAUUGCGAACUUCCGACCAUGCCUAAAAAGGUCUGCUUCGAAUGAUUUACUCCAAGGUCUUACAUUAUUUUCCUCAGAAACUAAACAACACAAGGUGAAACUGGAGUUCAUUUACCAGAAAACACAUUGGAAAAAUUGGGGGCCCACUGAUGAGCCGAACGCCUCGCAGCUGCGUCUAGCAGCAGCAAAAGAUCGGCGAAACGUGUGUGUCUGAGAUUUUUGCUAAUAUCUUUGUUGUUAAUGCGGUAAACAAUUAUACAAUUCUAUACUACUGGCUGCGUGUUAGCUGUUUGUGAAUUUUGCGCGGUUAUUCCGCUGUAUAUGAUGGAUUUCAGCCAAAAUAUGCAUGUCCAUUCUCAGGCAGUGCCAAAAAAUGUGUGUUUCGAAAGAUUUGCUCCAAGUUCUUGCAUUAAUUUCCUCAGAAAUUAAACAAGUCGCAUAUUAUAUAUAACAUAUAGAACAUCUCAACAGCUAACACCGUGCACGUAAAAAUAUAAAACGUUUUGACGUCAUCUCCAUGUUGCGAGCAAUACUCCAUGUCAGAUGAUUUCACGUAAGUAGGAAACGUGUUCUUUGUUGUCUGGUUCUGCCACCAAGCGGCUGAUGCGCUCGACGAAUUCGGCGGCCAUAUAGGAUUCUGGAAGACGUUAUCGGAAUACGCACAAUAAUAAUAAAUUCAGUUGCCGGAAAAGGUCGCGCACAUUGGACCCCUGUCGCCCCCAUUAUUCGUUUGUUAAAAUCCUAGUCAUUCUGUCAGUGGACCAGUGAAUGUUAAGUAGAGAACCGACGUGCGGACUUGGCCACACCAUCCUCUUAGGUCCUCUCCCCGCCUCCGGACUUCUUGACUCUAUCCUAACACCGGGUCCAGGUGGGGAGUGGGAAAGUGAGCGUGCGGCAGAUGCUGUGCAAGUCUACUAUAAACCGAAUCACGCACAAGUCACCGCGCCCGCUCCCAGCUCUCUGCGAGGCACACGGUGAUCAUCGUUGGCAACGACGGUCGAACCGUCUGUUCUGUCAGCCAUUGGUGUAUGAAACAAAGGAAGAGCAGGUAUGGUUGAUCCCAGAAGAGUCCGUCUCCAUGGAAAGUCAACGCAUUUCUUAUCAUUAUAAAUCGGGCGCGCUUAGAUCUAUCAUGAUAGGCUAAGAGUCCUGGCUUUAAAGGUUGCAAACUGACGAGAUAACACGGUCUUAAUGGGACUGUUUUGAAGCAUUUUCAGGUAUGCAGUAUGGGGGCCGCUCUCUUGACGGCAUGGAAAACGAAUGGUUUGCGCCAGAUCGUCUGCGUUCAGUCGUGUCAGCCAGUGCACUAGAGGCCACGUCUGACCUUCUUAGGAGUUUCUUGCUGUCACAGGUGAGGGAGGGUUAGAGUGCGAUAGAUGCUGCGCAAGUCGUCCAAACUAAGAGAAAACUUACUAAUAGCCCUCCUUUCGCAGGUCACACGGUUAACAUCUUCAAUAGCCCUUUCGUCUUACUAUUUCCGUUAAUAUGUGUAACUUACAACUAUUGCGCAAAUUUUAUGUUUAUUAAACACGGUAAACUUGCUUACUGCGCUUACUUCAGUUAUCUCAAAAUUUUAAGAAAGUUGAAAAAAGCACGCGGAAAAUGUGCCAUCUCACUUUAUUUAACCUUUUGUACUCCAGUGCAAAAUAAACAGUACUUUCGAUGCAUUCUGGUCUUUAGGGAAAUAGCUGAGAUUAAUUAAUUAAUAAGCAUAUACUUGUACGGCAUUCUAGAGUGUUUUCGGUAAUUGCUAAUCUUACUCAGCACAAAUAGACGCUGAAUGUGGCCUUAGUUUUCAUAAAACAACAAUGUAUUCUCAGGUCAAAGGUCAUGUUUCUUAUUAUUGCUUUGGAAGAUUUACCAGAGAGAUAAUUUUAAGAUGAAAGGUACGUUUAACCACACAGACUUAAAAUGACCGCUGGGACCUUCUAUUUUUUUAAGACUAACGUGUCUCCCGGAUUCGCAUUGAAGUCUUUAUUAUUUGGACAUUAUUGUCGGAUUAAAAGCUUAUUCUGACUGAGUAUGGUUAUUUAAAAAUCCUUCCAGACAUUAAAGGAGAUUAAAUCAUUGGAAAAAUAAUUGCAUAUGCCUGACAUUUCCUAAUCUAAUUGGAGACCAUCAGCAUUGAGAACGUUGCAGACGAAGGGUUUGAGUAAGAAUUCGAAAUUUCAGACGAAAGUUAUCCUUGGUUUGCUGAUGGAAUCUCCUCCUUCUUCUUCUUCUUCUUCUUCUUCUUCUUCUGCUUCUUCUUCUUCUGCUUCUUCUUUUUCUUUUUCCUCUACUUCUUCUUCCUCAUCUUUCAAAUCCGAUACUUGCCAGCUGUGCAUUAGAGUGCCCGUUUGCGCUGCAUUUGAACCUUUAGGUAACCGUGAUUAAAAUCAUGAAAAGGCAGCUGCUUUGAUAAGCAGAAUAAGCCAUAUUUGUCUCCUUGCAUUGGCAAUAAAUGGGAUUGAAAUAUGCGCAAGCACUCAAUUGGCCAAAGAUACACGAUAAGUAAUGCAACUUAUGAUACAUUAGGAGAAAAUGUAUAUGAUAAACUCGAGCACUGCUUAUUUAUUAUAAAUCUCACGUGUCGGGGAAAAAGUCUUUUUCGCCCUCAGUGCCUAUCUUUAAGAACGGUUUUCGAGGGAAAUUUGGGCCAAAACGGACGUUUACAUAUAUAUAUAGGCAAUUUCUUAAGUAAAUAAUUGCCCCAGACAAUAUUUAUUUAAGUAGAAAAGAUUUUCCAAAACGGCCAUCGCCAACUUAUUGCAAAUAAGCGAACUAUCUUCAAAAAAGCGAAAAUUCUUCGAUCUCUUAAGCUGCUUAUGGCUAAACCUUAGCAUCUUUGUGCCAUAAAAACCGUAAUAAUUCCCACAGGCAAUAUUCUGUUUUAAUAUGCUCUCUGGUUCUGGUCUGUACUGGUAUUUCAAGUAAGAUCGCAAAAUGCCUACGGCUAAUCGAUUACUCUCGUUGUUGAGCACGUGGUAGAAGCAUUCAUGUGAGGCCCAUUUUCUGUUGUUACGUCGGUCAGAAACGGGACAGGCAUGGCUUAUGCCGUCUGAUAACUAAUCGCGUACUUUUAGAGCCCUUCUCUAGUACCGUUAUUGAAUAAUCUGAUGAAGUGUAAUCGAAAUUCUUAGGGGCAUUCUUGAUUAGGAAAGAUCAGUUAGGCAGAAUUGUAGUCAGGCUUUUCGCACGGCAUGAUCCAAGAAUAUAUUAGUCACGCCGGGCCAUCGACUCCUUAGUGUUCCUAUUUUUGCCCGCCCAAAAACCCUCGAUCGGUUUGAAUAACCACCUACACUGCACGCAUUUUGUCCACUGUCAUUAUUUAUUAAAAUACAAUUUACAGAAAACCAGCUUGAAAAUAUCUCUUAAUUAUUUAUUUGGUCAAAAAUCACGCCUAAUUCAAAGUUCAUACUUGAUGAAGGAGUAUCUGUCGGUUUAAAAAGUUUAUCAUUAUCGAAUCGUUAGUGACAGUAAUAUGUACAUUCAAAUUUCUUUCGUAUUUUCCCGUUUGCAAAUGUUGCCUAUACAACAUAAUCCACAUCCACUGCAAAUGUUACUGAGCCCCAUAUUCUAUAUCCUUAACGGCAUAAAUGAGUGUAUGAUUUUCUUUACAUGCAAAGUAUACAGCUUGUGGUCCCUGAUGUUCUACCAAAGAAAUUCGUUUCUUUUAAAGACUAUUUAAAUAUUUAAGAACAUGAAAAAUCAAUGAGCGACAUCUCAGUGUUCAUUUUUGCGAACGCGGUUUGGAUGACGGCGGAAAGGAGGUAUAUUCAGGAGCCGGCAUCUUAACGCGACGGAAAUAUUUUAGAUUGUGACGCGCGGCAAUCAUUAUCACGCCUCAUUAAACAAUCCUUUCUAUUCGCAAACGCUUUUCUAUUAACAUAUUGUGUGAUUAGUCAUUAUAUGAGUUUACUCGCACAGUAAAGCCUAAAAGUUGGCACAUAAGUCGAAGAGGUCGCAAAGUAAAAAAGCAGAUACCUUUGGGGUUACAGGCAGUAAAAAGUAUCAAAAUUUGUUGAGGAAGUUUAUGCGCGCGCAAAGUUCUCCAGUUUUUAUGUCGACUACUUUGGCGUAGGCUGAAAGACGUAGGGAAUAAUCUAAAAACUGGCGAAACAUGGAGAUUUUUAAAAGCCGAACUUAUAGGAAAAAAAUUUUAUUUGAUCACGUGCACUUUCACAGCAGACCUGCAUUGUGUCAGUUCAUUCCCUUUUUGGCGAUUUAGUUACGUGACAAAGGAAGCCCACAAAUAUUGCACAAUCCAUUAUUUACGUAAAAAGAACAUCUGGGAACCUACUCCUCGGGCGAUAAAUUAUCGGAACUCUGGUAUUUUGAAGAUUGCAAAACCUACACUCCAAAAUGCAUCAUUUGUGCCAAAUAUCUCAGAAAAAUGGCAGCCGAAGAUUACUAGUUAACAGUUCAAAUCUAGUAGACGCUAUUGUUGACCGAAAACAAACGGCAAUUUUACGGGAAAACAGCUUCGCAACACAAAACUUUCAUGUUUAUAGUUGAGUUGACAAAUCCUUCUAAAAUUUCUUGCUCUAUGAACGACCUCUUGAAUUUCGACCUUUGUGGGAAAUCCUGUUUGCUCUUGUCGACAAUUUUCCUAACAGUGUUAAAUCAAAACCCUAUGUGUUUUGGUAUAUUCGAAACAUUCAUUUGAGCCAACUGUGUAGAACUCAGCGUCUUGGGUAGCAUUCGAACCCAUGAGAGCAAGGACAAGGCUGAACCGUCACGUAUAACUCUAAAUGGUUAAAAUCACGGUUCCCGGCUAGGCCUUGUAGCUUAGGUGGUGUGAGCGUUGGCGUUACUUAAGCUCUGCCCUUACUGUCGUGAAUUCAGAUUCCAUUUGAGCCGUUGAGUUUUGCAAAAGUGGUUCAAAUGAAAAUCAUUAUAUUUUAAUCUACUCAUAGCGUUUUGAAUCAGCGAUUUGCCGACUGCGAUAAUGCAAAACAUACUCAUUCUUACGGAUCUACAGCCUACAGAGAUCGUUCAUAGUGAUCUGUAAUCGCUGUUGUUUUAAAUCUGUUCUGGUAAAUCAGUUAAUCGUAUGGAAGAUCAUUAUCUUUUUCUGCAGAGCAAAUUUGAUUAAAAAACACAAAAUGUCCCGCAUUCUACGUUUGCCUUCUAGGGAAAUUGAUAUUUCUUUCAGACUAAGCACGAAAAUAUGAACUUAGUCCAAUAUUAAAGUUGGUUUAGCCCUAAAUUCCAUGGGAAUUAAGUCUAGGGCUAGGUUUAGAAGUGUUACUGUUGUGGAUGGGUACCCCCGGAGGGGAUCUUAUUCCUGUGUCCGACUUUUUAGUAAUGAUUCGUUUUGUUGUUCUAUUCAAAUUAAAGUAAGUAAUAUGUAACUGAAUGUUUUCAUGUAAUCAUUUGAACUGGUUUCCGACUGGUUAAAUGUCAUUUGUGGAUUUUCGCACAUUUUAUGCCUCGUAGAAGUUAACUUUCAACUACUUAUGAUGUAUGCUAAGACUUUGCACAAGUUGUGUGUAUUUUCGCUAAUUAGGCAACACUAAGCUAGUAAUUGAGUUUUAAUCAUAAAACUUAAUUCAACUUGAUACGCAGAUAACAUGAAACGUGGGAAACUGUUUGAAUGGAAAAUGUUUGUCAUGGAUUGGUCUGGUUUUAGCUGAGACCUUGACAAAUGCAUUUUCAGAUUUAUUUGUCAAAUUAAGCAAAUGACAGUGUCUAAAUCCUGAAAACUUGUAGAAACUGAGGGCGAGUGCAAAAUUUAAAUUGAAUUAAAUUGAUGACAGAAUAGAACAGCCCGAUGUGAUUGCUUAAACUAAGAGUGUGAAAAAUUAGUGAUGAUUUGCACUAUGUCAUAUGUAAAGAAACUGUAUGAGGAAAAAGGUGUUUAAAUUUUUAAAAACGAAUAGGAACCAUUGACGUCAGAAAGAUACGGUGCGAGUUAGGUUUUCAUUUUAAAGCAGUACCAUUGUAUAACGUUUAAUUAUGCUAUGUUAUCAAACGCUCUGUAUGACAAAAACAUCCCUAAGCAGUGAUCAUCAUAAUCUUGGCGGCCUGGAUUGAAAAGAGUCCUCUUCUGGCUUGUUCAUGUAUGCAAAUUAGAGUAAGAAAAUAAAAUGAUGAGUACACAGACAAAACAAAUACUGCCAGUCAGAAUGACACUACCGAAUACUAGAGCCGCAAACACGUAAAGUAAGCCUUGCAAUCUCCGCACAAAUAUCCCCAAAGCAGACAUUUUUUAUUUUAAAAUGUGGGGUUGGCUAAUACGUGCAUUGCAGUCGGGUAUGCGACUGAUUAGUUUAUAGAACACCAAACGGAAACUCUGGUGGCCAAUGUUAUAGUCUUUUUCACCUAAAAGGCUUCAAGGUCGGAUAUUUUAAAGAUUAAACGAAAAAACUGCUCUCGGUAAAUAGAACAAUGAAGAGAACAUCAGGCGCCCCGCAAUAGAAAGUGCCGUUAAAACUAGGCCCGUUCAUAUGCGAUCCAGGUAUUUGAAAACUGGUGGAUGAGUCGCCAUCUGUUUUUUUUCCCAGAUUCGGUGUCAGGGUUUGCAUUUUUGACAAACUGCCUCGGAAUAGGCAGGGUGACCAAUUUUUGAUUAUUGCUAGUUUUGAUCGCUCACAGCAGCAUCUAUCUCUGACUCCAUCGGAGUUUAUACAAGAUGAAAAAGCACUGGAACAUUAGCGCGAGUUCGGUGUAUAUGAAUAUGCUCGCAGAUUGCUUUCUUUCCCAUCGGUUACCUUGCGAGGACAAAACCAGGGGUGUGACAAAUUGUCAAGACAGACGUGGUCCCCAUAACGGACUGCGCUGCGCAUGUGCUAGUACAAAAUUAAGAUAGGACUGACUCGCAGCACGCGUCUACGGGGCUGCACAGAGUUUGUGCGAGCCCAUAACAAGAACCUAACACGGGAGUGUGGCGACAUUCCUAAGCAAAUGCCUUUCAGUUCAUUGGGUACUGUAGCCUACCCAGUCAUGCGUUUUGUCGUUUAGCUCAGAAAAGUGUUUGCAACAGGGUUUACGGAGAUAUUCGGAUUCUGGGAACUCCAUCAUCAUAGCACGUAAUCGCACUCUUCGCUGCAAUAAAUAGUAAAAGCUGGAAUCUAUCAAGGCGUACCGAUAGUCGUGACUUUGAAAGUUCCCGUCUGAAGAGGCAAUACAGCCCUUCUCAUGACUGAGGGUCAGGCUGUGAUGGUUUCCGCUCACGAUAGAGCGUGAUACGUGCUUGUUAGAGCCUGCUAUGUGCGCCGGGAGGAUCAGCUCGUGUGCAGCACGCGUAGACGGACCGUUCAAAUUUAUCAGCUGCUGCUCACACGACCAUCCGUAAUAGUUUUCAUAUUUUUUUUGCCAUCAAGGCACUAUAGGUGAGGGAGGAGAGCAGGUUAGUGUCACGAAAAUGUGUCCCAUCAAAAUUUAACUUAGGCUAAAGUCUUCUGGAUGUUCGGCGGUGGACAUGGCCAACUGCAGCCUCUUUUAUAUUAAGUCCGAGGAUCCUCUGAACACCGUCCUCAGGACCUGACAGGGAUAGCUUUUCGUUGUUCGUUGAUGGGAGUAUUUACAUCCUUAUAAACGUAUCCACAAUCAUUAAGUAUUUCCCACAUAUUGUGCUUUAAGCCUGCGUCGUUGUUUAGAAGAAUGACUCCCUUUUAGGCCGCCUCGAUAGUGCCAGCAGAAAUUUUCAAACCAUUAUACUCAAUCCUUAAUUUAGUUCAAACGGAGUCAGUCCGACCAGUUUCCUCUAACAAAAUCAAACAACUGUGAAAAGAAAAGCGUUCUUCCGGUGCUUGGCGAGCGCUUAUUAAGCGCGUUCUUCGGAUUCCUACAAAUUCUGCAGCUCCAGUCUUAUAGAAUGUAUUCCUUAUGUCUUUGAGUUAUGCCGUUUAAUCCAAAACAAAUGUUUUCACAUAAACGUAGAAAAAUGCCUUAAUUAGAUCUGACAAUUCUUAAACUAGGCGCCAUAAAUAUGCCUUAUUUAAAGUGGACUUUUGCUAUAUCAAAGACAGUUACGUUUAGCCAGUUUUUUUCCACCAAACGUUUGCUUUGACUUUGCAUCAACUAAUAUCUAAAGCGCAGAAGUUUUCAUAAUUGAAAUCCCCUCUUUCGUCGACUGUAUGUCCGCUGUGUGAUGAUUUUGUUUUUUUUCGAAUUCCACUAUCCCGCCCUGGAUUUUACCGGCUGAAAAAUCACGAAAACAUUCAUAUUAUAAAACGAAACCAUCAGUGGCCGUGGCUUGACCUCAGGUUCGACUUUCUAAGUAGCAUGUAAAUGCAAAAAGCCUGCAUGUUCACUGGCUGCUAGGCCAGUUAUCACCUGACGAUGCCUAAUCUUAUCUGGUUGUACGAACCUACCUGGCAGAUGAUAGCAAGAAGCGGAAACAAUCGGCACCGCUAAUUAUCGAUGCCAUCAACGAAAAUAGAGACGGCCGCGAUGAAAAGACAGUACAGGUCACCACCAUAAUCAGCAUUAGCAGCCUACGCAUCGAACUCCAAAUGAUGGGACUUGUGCAUUUAAAUCUCCAGUCGCUAAAGAUGAGUAACCCAAAUCACUACUCUAUCCCCAGGAUAAACCCAUUUAGACGAACGUUUCUUCUUAUGAAAUUCUAGUCAAGGGUCGCAUUUUCAGUAGUAUUAAAGAUUAUGUCGAGUAUCUCGCAGUACUCCAGAAUGGUAGACACUUUCUAAAGCAUAGAUUACUCUGAAAAACAGCUCAAGUUGGGUACGUGACGCCAGCCGUCCAUAAUAUUAUUAAAAUACAAAUACAGAUGCAUCGUCUCUGAUCAAGCCGGAUUUUGUGUAAUCAUAUAACUAAUGGUGAGAGAUCUGUGAUAAUAAACCAACCCACCAUGUUCUUCUUCCUUGAGGCUGUCCGUAAGUGAAACAUUGGGGACUGUAAAAAUGAAAUGAAUCAUCCUAAAUGGAAACUAGUGGUUACCUAAAUAUGCAUUGCAUUUAAAUUUUUCGUAUAGAUUAUCGAAAAAAGGGCCUAGUUCUAUUUGCACGACUUCAAAAUAUCUUUUUUUAUAACAAAAGCCGUCGAUGUCCUUUUGGCGUGCAAUAACACUAGAAUAAAUCACCAAAAUAUAAGUCAUCUUAGCAAGGGUAUGGGUUGUGGGCGAGGUUACAUAAUUCUAGGAGCAUUUGUGUUAAGCAAAAGAGCUGAAUAUCUAAUAACUUUGUGGAAUCAAGACGUUUUAUCCUCCACAUUUUCACCAACUAAAAGGGGACACUAUUUUUACCAUUCAAUGUCAGUAGCAAGUGCAUUUAAUGCCCCUUCGCAGGCAUCGUCAAAAAUUUAUCGCAUUUUUGUAAUUUUACUCUAAUGACUACCGUAAAACAUCUUUACCACCCUCAUGCAACAAGCAUCGCGAGGUGUCUUCAUUUCUUUCUCUGGCAUGAACAAACAUAUAUCGCCAGUUAUUUUUACUUAGUACAAGUUGUUUCUCGGAGUAAGUAAUCCCGUCACGAACGAUACCCUUGCCAUCAUUCUUGAACUCCCACCCAUAUCUCAAGAAAUAAAAUGUUGAAAAUGGGGUCAUUGGUAUGUGUGAGGCAAAUGCAGGCGUUUGUCACCGAUAAAACCGAAACCACCUGUACGAAAAUUUCUGGAGAAAUUACCAUCAACUCUGCAUUUAAAUGUUUCGACUAGGUCCGAUAGCAUUACCGCGACAGAGAGGUCCGUUCCAGGCUCUAACGAUUCCCUGCUAGAAGGAUGUUUUCUCAGAUGUGUUGGGUUGUGCCCUAGGUUUGUGCGCUUUUCAAUUAUUCAAAAUUUUAUCAUAUUCUUAUAAACCGUCUGCAAACUUAACUAAUUAUGUUGUCCUUUUUGUUGUUUAUGGCCGCCCUCCAACGGUCAGGCAGUUUUAAAAUCUCACGCUUGAAUUAAUUUCCAGGUUUUGACGCAAGGACUUCUUCAAUCUAAUUUUGAAGAUCCGCGUCAUUGUUGAGAAAUUCGUCUGUCGAAUUGUUUUUGAAAAACCGAAAAGGCAGUAAUUAGUUAGAGCAAGGUCAGGAAUAUGUGGUGGAUGCGCAAAAACAUCCCAAACAAGGUCUUCAGCGUCAGUUUUAUUUAACUUUACAACUUGAGGCCUCGUGCCGUCGUGCUGCAAAAGGACAUCUAGACAGCGAAGUUAUUGACUGUAAAGCCCCACAACAGCAGUCUGCUUCCUAUCAAGCAAUUAUUAACAGGUAUUUCCGCCAUAUUCGACCAGACACACAGCAGCCGCUUGCGAGACUAAACAUACAUUAGGUGGGCUAACUCAGGAAAUGUCAACCGACAUUCCAAAAUGCGUUUUCGUCUCGAAACGAUUAAUGAAGUAGGGCUGUAAAACCAAUCAUCGUGCAGCAUAAUUCUAUAAUAAUUCACUUACUUCACAAUGUCGGCUUUCAAAGAAAUUCCUUUUCGGCUGCAUUCAAAAAAACAUCCUGUACAAAAUGACUACUUAAGUAGCAUGCAUUUUUCUCAUCGAUUUUCAGUGCCCUUAGAAAGUCAUUUAUACUUCAUAAAAGACAUGCAUAAAAUAUUUACUUUUUUUACUCAUUCGGUAGAAAAUACGCCUUCUUUCAAUUGCAUACUUAUAGAGAGGGUUUAAUUCGGUUUAAAUAAACUUUUCCAUUGCAGAAAAAUUGUGAACUUAAGCUGCCGUUACACUUGCAUUCAGGGAUUCUAAACUACAAACCGUAUAUUAUUUGCAAAUGGAAAACCAUAUUUUUAUACGGUAUUAAGAGAUGAGCAUAUGGGAUUCAUAAAAGUUGGCAGUGGAUUUGAGCCGUAUUCCUAACUUUACAAACAACAUCAGUAAAUGCAGAGACACGAUGUUUUAUUAACGGAUAUUUCACGGUAUUAAAAAAUCCCACAAUUAGAAACCUUUUAAAACCAACCUAUACCCCUUCUUUGGGUAUAUAUUUGAUGUAAAUAUAGUUUUCUACCGAAUUAGAAAGAGAAUGAGUGUUUUAUAUAUGUUUUCCAUGAAAUAUAAUUGACUUUCUAAGGGCAUAGGAAGUCAAUGAUAAAAUUUUACAGAGUAUGGUUCUUGCAUGCAGCCGAAAAGUAGUUUGUUUGAAAGCCCUAACCUGGGAUAACUAAAAUAUUUCAGAAUUAUUUUGCAGGUGGACUAGUUUUACAGCCCUACUUAAUUAAUUUUUCCGAAACAAAAACGCCUUUCGGAAUUUCGGUUGACGUUUCAUGAGUUAGUUCACCUACUGUAAGGUUUAGUUUGAGGUGUGCCUUGCUUAUUAUGGCUUAGUUCUUCUUGCUCAUGUUUCGCAUUCACGUUUCAAAUCGCUUUUUCAUCUCCACUAAUAAUUGGCUUCAAAAGCGUUUACGCUGUUUACGGGCAAGACGAUAUUGGGUCAAAAAUUAAGCGCAAGCAAGCUCGAAAGAGGAGGUCAGAAAUGUUCAUUUUGACGAUCUCGCACUCCUUGUUCUUUGGGCUGUAAAUAAAAAAUAAUUCAUAAAAAAUUGCAAACAAAUUCUGUAAGCGCCUAGCAAGAAUAAUAAAAUGACAAAUAAAACGGAUACAUCAAAAUACAUAAAUACAUAUUAAAAUUCCACCUCUAUGCGCCUACAUGAACACCAGUGGGCAGUGAAGAGGCGCGACCACUUAUCCCAACUCGCCAUGCAUACCCUUGAAACUGGGCACAAAUUCGCUUGGGAUAAAACACGAAUUGUCGGUUCCCGCCCACAUUAGAAAGGCCGAAAAUUCCUAGAGGCCAUUCACUCUGAUGAGUCAUGCAUCAAUCGACGCAUCGAUCUUGACGACAUGUACACAAAUCUCAAGGGAAAUUACAAAAGGUAAUAGCCAAUCAAGACAUGACAUCAGCCCACGGCAUCAACCCAUCCUCAGCCAUGACAGAGCAAUAUCGAUUUUUGGGCAUGUUAAAAUUUUUACUGUUUCUUCACACUUACUACACGUCUGAAGACCAAAAGAAGAACCAGACUCAAUAAUUUACGAAAUAAAGUUUAUUGAUUUUCUCAAAGGACUCAUUAUUCUUUGAAAUACAGUAGACGUGCUAAUUCAUGAAAUGCCAACAAAAUUUCGAAAUGCGUUCUCGUUUCGAAAAGAUAAAUUAAGUAGUCUUGUAAAACUAAUCAGGAUGCAGCAUAAAGCUAUAAUGAUCCAGUUACCUCAGGGUGUCGGCUUUUGAAAGAACUUAUUUUCGGCUGCAUGUAAGAUCUAUACUCUGCAAAAAACGACUACUUAUGUAGCAUGCAAUUUUCUCAUUGAUUUUCGAUGCCCUCGAAAAUUCAAUUAUAUUUCAUAAAAAACAUGCAUACAAAUAAUCAUUGUUUUACUUAUUCCGUAGAAAAUCACGUUUUUCUUCCAAUUUCACACUCAAAAGAAGAGGAUAAUUCGGUUUUAAAAAACUUUUCUAAUUCCCGAAUAAUUUUGAACCCGACCUGCUGUUACACUUGCAUUCAGGGUCUCAAAACUAUAAACUGCAUAUUUUCCGUGUACGGAAAGCCAUGCAUUCCUCUACGGUGUUAAGAGGAGACCAUAUGAGGUUCAUAAAAUUAAGCAGUGGAUUUGAGCAAUAUUCUGAACUUUAUAAGCCACAUUCGCAAAUGCAGAUACAUGACGUUUCAUGAACGGCCAUUUAACGGUAUUAAAAAAUUUCACAAUUAGAAACUUUUUAAAAACCGAAUUAUACUCUUCUUUUGAGUAUGAAAUUGGAAGAAGACGUGAUUUUCUACAGAAUAAGUAAAAGAAUGAAUAUUUGUAUGCAUGUUUUCCAGGAAAUAUAAUUGAAUUAUCAAGGGCAUCGAAAAUCAAUGAGAAAAUUGCAUAAUACUUAGGUAGUCAUUUUUUGCAGAGUAUAGAUCUUGCAUGCAGCCGAAAAUAAGUUCUUUCAAAAGCCGACACCCUGUGGUAACUGGAUCAUUAUAGAUGUAUGCAGCAUCCUUAUUGGUUUUACAACACUACUUAAUUUAUCUUUUCGAAACGAGAACGCAUUUCGAAAUUUUGUUGACAUUUCAUGAGUUAGCACAUCUACUGUAUGUUUGUUCUGAUGCCCAUCUUCCAGUUUAUAUUGAAAAGCGUAUCAACUUAUGGUACAACCCUAUACGCAUGGACCAACCUCAUUUAUAGCUUAAAGAAUCUACUACGCUCCGUUAAGCACAAAAUAGAAAUAGUUGUUCACGAAAGCGUCUGAGGAAAAAAAUCGUUUUGGAGUUUUAGGGACACAAACACAAGGCCAUUAUAUCAGAAUUUUGAAUAGUGCCCCAAAAUAGAGAACAGCUUCCGUCAUUCUGCCGCCAUCUACCAACAUCUGGACUAAAAAUGAAGAGACACUUUGAUUCGCGCAAAAAGGGCAAUUUUGCAAACUCUCCUUUGAUCAAUUGUCAGCCCUGUAGUGUGAUCGUGCAUGCAAGGCCUUUGUCCUGGCGGCAAAUGACAUUUUUGAUAGCAUUAUCUGAAAAUGAUCGUCUCACCCUAACUGAAAAUUCACGGCAUUGGUGAGGCAAGUUUUAAAACGCAACUGGAUCUCUCGACGCAGUUGUCAACGCCUUCGUAUGGGUGGUGGUGGUGGUGGCGGCGGCGGCGGCGGCGGCGGUGGUGGUGGUGGUGGUGCUCACAGGAUGGGGAAUGACAAUUAUUGCUUGCAUCGUUUUUAGCACCGACUGUGCUAUGCUUGUUUCGCGACAUUCGAUCCACUGAAGGCUUGGCCGAACACAUUUAGGAUUGUUGUACAGACUGAGCAUCGCAUACGACGGUGUCCACCACUGUCACAAUAAACUGAUCCGAUGCAGAAAUGUGUCCAAGGUGGGACGGACUUGCUUAGCGCCUACUUCGUUCCCUCCUUCCGCAAAACCUGUUGUACUCGGAUGAAAAAGCAGAGCUCGCGUCUGCCCAGUGGCAGACAAGACCACACGAUCCGUCUACGUGUGCCCCACGCAAACUGACUCGGGUUACGGAUGUAUCGGUUUCAGUUAGGUGGUUCCGGAUCUCACAUAAGGGGUGGGGACAAAAGUAACCGCCGUGGGUCUCAGUCACCUUGUCGUUUGCUCGUCGUGAUAGGCCUCCGUGCGUCAGAUUUACUGCGCCGAAAAAUGUGCUGGUAUUAUAUGAGACUGUGUUACUCGGAAUUGAUGGCAUUCGAUGUUCUAGUUCUUUCACUUAUCAGUCGGUUGUGCGAGAUUUUCAACGAGUUGACGAUAAUGGUUGGCGCAGAAGCCUCCGUCUACAACGAGCCACAUGCAUGCAUGGGGGCGGGUAAUGACUCGCAUAUGGGCUACCGUGACAUCUAAGGAGGCGAUGGGGGGAUUGUGCGCCAAACCUGUAGUGGUUCGUAACGGAAGCAAGCGGCAGUUUAUUUGUUUUCUCGGCUGUGGAGAUAACAGCCUCACACAGGUCCGCCGUCCUGUUUCACGGCAACGGUUUUCUAGGUCUUUAAGUUCGUUAUUUCUAUUGUUGACGAGACGAAAUUCUUGCGAUGGAGAUUGGGCCUUGUAAUUAUCCGUGGUCCAUUCCUCAAAUGAUCGCAUUCCAAUUCAAACAGAACAUUAGCUCAAAACUACGCAUUGUUGGUCGCUCGAUUUAGAGAUAUGGUAACAUCAGUCGUUAGCACAGCCUAUGAACAGUUCUUUGUAAUUCAGUAGGCAGGACAAUUGAUACAAAUACGGGAAAUUUGGCUUUCCAUAGCCUUCUCGUUGACUAUGCUUUUUCCUCGUACGGAAUCUUUAUUUUUACGGAAGCGCCCGUGUGCUAGAACGAUUUAUGGUCUUCAUGACAAAGUGGAGUUUUUAUACGAGAAAACAAUCACUUGGCCCCGGCCUCCGAUAGGAAAUCCACCUUUAGUUCCACAUACGACAUUCAAACCGUCAAAAACUAGGACGCCCACAGCGUGGACAGAGGAGUGGACGCAAAAAUGACGGUUUGACCGUCAUCGCGAGUGAUGUCCACAGUGUGCCUCACAGCCUGGUGGGAGCAGGGACGGGGAUUUAGGCGUACAUUAAUUUAUAAGGAUGGUGGACUGGCCCUACAUCUACUGCGUUCCCCCCCCCCCCAUCCACUUGCACCUGGACCUGGUCUCAUUUGAGAGUCAAGAAGGCCGGAGGCGAGAGAGGACACAGGUAGCUGACCCAGCAAAAACCAUCACUUUGGCGCGGGCCACCGACUCAUGUCCUACCGAGUGAAGACGCCAUAGAGGAGCCAUUGCAGAUUGACUCUCAGUUUGUCACUCCACAUACCUAAACACUGGGCUUACUGCAAGGUCACGGUAACGAUGAUUGAUUUGUGAUUAAGUUUAUCGUGAGUCAGACUUAAGCCGGCUUUUUAUCCUCCCUUAUGCGCAUUGCUCUGGUAGGACGAAAACUGCUUGUCAGUCAUCAAGGCAUCCUUCCUCGCUUUUGAGAACUGUGUACUCAUAUAGUAGUACGGCGGGACGUAGGCAAGGACUCUGAAUCCUUAAAUUCAGGUAUUAGAAGAAGCCUACCCUAAAUCGGGGUGUUUCCUAGACAUAUCGUUCGCCUGGCCGUGGCAUAGCCGGUUUACUUGACGACUGAAUUGUUUUGAUCCCUCAGCAUGUUGGGCCUGCUAAGAACUAGCGCCAGAUCGAUAAAUCUAUUGGCUGAGUUCUCAUCCAGGGCCCUGGCUUUAUUCAAUACUCGGCCUCGGAUGAUAAGUCAGUCGAUCAAUUUUACGAUUUGGCGCUGGCGUACAGAGCCCUAAGCAGUCACCUCCAACCUUGCGCCGCCGGUCGAUGAUUGGCUAACACGCUCUAUAACUGUCGCUUGUUCUGUUGUUGCUAAUAUCUCCGAAUAUAAACACUUGUCGAGUUCGAAAGCCCAGAACAGUAAAUAAAAUAUUUGGGUGCUCGACCCCCGAGAUACGUUAUUUCCUGCUUAAUAAAAAGGAGUGCAAUUAACACGUUUGGGCUUCAUUCUGCCGGCAUGAAUGAAUUUACAUCCAACAUGCUGAAGGGGCCAAAAGGUGUUUUUGGCAAAGUGCUGCCUAGACGACAAAGUAAACGUUACUGAAUUGUGUGAGUAGACACGUUUAAUGCGCGUUUUUGAGCUGAACGUGUCCUGGUACUUCACUUAUCAACAACGAAGAAUUUAAUCUUGUUAAUAAAGAUCCUCUUCCUAACCACUCUGAAAAGUUUUCAUCCCUUUUGCUUGUGAGAUAUCUUUGUAAUAAGUUGUUAAAAAAUAAUAGUUUUGGCUUCAGUUUACCACUUCAUUACCUUUAUCGAUGAUUCAAAAAAUGUCAACUGAUUUACGUAUUUCCUUUUUAAAUUUGUAUUGGGUUUUUGCAUAAACGAACAGGGCGCAUAAAGUUUGCUUUUAUUGACCUGGUCGCCCUAUCUGAUCCUUGUCUGAAUAGUUAUACGUGUUGAAUAUGUAUUCCGAGUCUAUAACGUAAGUGUGACCAUGUGUGUAUAAGAAGUAUUAUUUUUUGGAUUUUAGCCUUUAUCUCGAAGUCAUGAAAGUAAACUAAAUCAAGAGAUAUUUGCUGGUAGAAUAACUCGCGCAACCACCAAUGAUAAUAAGCAAUUGCUUAUCUUAGAGCGAAAAUUCAUAAAUAAACCAUAUAUUUGACCUUAGGUUUUCUGCAGAAGAUAGAUUGUUUUCGGGUCUUUCUGAUCGCAAUUACCGUCAAGAAAAUUAAACAAAAAUAAGUGACGGUUAAACCCGAACGAAAGCAAGUAAGUGCAUGUUGAAAUUGGGAGAGGGCGUACUAGGAAUUAGAUGACCAUUUUCAGUAUUCGGCUGUUGGAUGAAACAUAUAUGACUGCACUGGGCUGGCGAAGAAAUGUUGCACACACCGGUGAUCGAUAAAUUCGUUUCAGUAAGUCUACUUUCCAAAAUAACAAGUGCGCUCGAAAAUGGUUAUUUCAAGUAUACUUUAGUUAUUAGUUUUUCUAUGUCGGUUGUCAUAUAUACCUGCUUAAUUUCCAUUUUUAAAGACUGUAAAGUUAUCGACUUUUGCUAAAGAAUUUUCAAAACGUUACGGAUUUACAAUGUCUCAGUAUUAAAAGCGCUUUUAUUGGAUAAAAUAAAGCUAAUUUUUCAAUGAGGCUUCAAGGAUGUUGACUGCAUUGCUGUGCCAGACCAUUGCAACAAUUCCUGCGCUCAUCAGAAUUGAAUUGCAAUAGCCAAUCACAAUUAGACAUCACUCACCAAUCAGCUUCCUGCUCUUAGUCUGACGACAUAUCCGGAUUCAUAGGAUCUUGUUUGUGAAACGGACACUUUCUCCGCAAAGUGCGAUAAUAUUUUCAAUUAAGAGGAUCUAAAUGAUUCGGUGAGUUUCCAAACAACCCAAGCGAGGGUCCCGCAGAUGAUUGUGUCAGCAAUGACUCGAAUUAACAAUGACGUCUACCCAUUACUCACCAACAUCAACAAGAUCGAUAGUUUCUCGCAAAUUAGUUCAACGCCAGGUGAAUCCAUACGGUAUCCCAUUCAUUCGGACUCGGUGGAAUUUGAAUUGGGCAAAAGGUAUUUAUUCCUUUUUCGGUCAUAGGCAGUUUUUCAUUCAAUUAACAAUUUAAGAAAUUCAUCAUGUUUAUUGCGUUUUGUAAACAUCGCUUCAAUAGUUAGGCAAACAGAUCUAGCUUCCAAAACCUUAUAAAUAGUCGAAAACUCCGAACAUAUAAUUCCCACUAAAGGGAUAAUGUUUGCAGUCAUAAGAGCCUUUAUAACAAGAUUAAAAGCAGUGAGUUAAGUGCAGGGCGUGAUAUUUAAAUUAGAUAACUCCGAAUUCGAAUUCUAAAUCCGCUAAGGUGGGACGUUUUUUUAAAUGCACAGUGGACGGUGUCACCACAUAGCAUAGAGCUCAAGCAUUUAUCCCAACUUCUUUCAUUAUAGAAUGCGGAAACUAUUAUUACGUAGAAUGCAUACUUAAAUUAAUGAGUACGUCUACGACUAAGAGCAUCUUGUCCGUAGUGCCUGUGAUUAUUUUCAUAAUUGAUUGAAUAUUUCCCAGUUGACUAAAUAAAGAUUGUACACUCCCAGUAAUUCGGUUACCCUGAGAGAAAGGGCAUAUAUUUUUAAAUAUAUUAUAUGCAUUUGCUUAAUGAGUUUGCAUAAAGAUCUUCUCAACCUUUCCAACUUAUCGAAAGCAACAGGUUGGUAAAAAAUAUGAAAGAUCCGCCCGAAUGGAUUGUUAUUUUUCAAGUGCAUGCAAUUUUCUCUGUAUCAAAGUCAGCGACUUUAAACCUAAAUGCCGAUCAAAAACUGUUAUGAUGAUGGCGUUGAACUACUGAUACGAGCAUGAUUUUUCAAAAUUUCGUAAACUUGUCAAAUUUCAUAGUUAAUUUCGUCUAAUCUGUAGGAACGCUGUUUUCACGUUGCUAUUUGAAAUGUGCUAGUCACAGAGUUGUAAACGAAAUUGUUUCCUUUUAGACCACUACAUGGAUACCAGUUGAGCAUGAAUGACCUUCGUGACGCGACUUCUGCCUCCAAGAAGACGGCUGGAUGUUUGUUUACAAACUUUGAGGACGUUCGUGUAAGUCUUACGGUUACAGAGUGCUGUAACUUUUUGUACCAUAAUUAGACUCGCAAGCACUUGAAAAACUCCACAAUAAUCCAUAAUUUAAGCAAGCACUCUAUUCAACACUCGUUAUCCUUGAAUACCUACGGUUUUUGAUAGUGCCGACUCUCCAGGCUUCCUUCUUCGAGACGGAAAAAACAACAAAACUGACUAUGUAUUUACGUCUAUCAGAUAGCGAAAAAUCAAUGAUACGUAAGUACGCAGGAACUUGCAGCGUUCAGAUAAAAUGAACUUAAAAGCCCUGGUUUUUAUUCGCCAUGCUGAUGCUUUCUAAAAUGCGUGCAUUAAAGCAGGUGGGAGACAACAAAGACUGCUUUUGCUGCUUGUGGUAAAUAUUAUCAAAACCGUUUGGUUGCCGCGACAGUGAGGGGUUCUGGAUGUCUCAAAACAACUGACUUUGAAAUGCAGUGCAAUGCAAAGGCAAACUAAUAUGACGUUUCAAGUUCCAAUUUCCAAGUAAAUGAUGUCAGUAAGCGUUCUAAUUGUGCAGUGGGUUUAGGGCAGCCCAUAACUACUUGCAAAUUAAAAUGAUGCCUAUUUUUCGGCUGCGGCAGGCGAAAGACAGAGGUCUGUCGCGCAAUCCAAGUGGAUUUGUUACAGUUGUGCGGUAGAAAGUUUUAUAAUUUUCUGCCGAAAAAACUUGAGUCUUCUUUAAGUUUAAUAGAAACAAUGCAGAGAAGAUCAGAAGGAUCCUUCUGGAAAUUUAUAACCGAGGAUAUAGCAGAGAAGCAGCAAAAUAUAACAAAAGUCAAGAGUGAAAAUGCAACAGGUGACAGGAACUUAAUUUUUACGAAAAAAUGGACUCGCGUGGCUUCGCAGUGAACUGCAAGGGGGCAGGGUUGGGAAGGUAAGGGCUGGGUUUAAUGCUGGAAAAUGGGACAUUGGUAAUUUUCUCUAAAUUUAAAUUUUUACAAUUUUUUCUGCAAUAGUGGGCUAUAGAGCAAGGUCUGCAGCGCAAAACAAAGCAACUUGCCCACUACUAGCUGCAGCACUUGUGAAAAUUUAAUUUUCGCUCAUUUUCUACCGAUUUAGUCUGAGUUUUCAUUAUGAUUGUCGAAAACAAAUCGCUAAAAUCUGUAAGUUAAAUUUUAUCGUUAUUGGGCUUUGUGCCGAGGAUAUAGCAGAUACAGUGAGCGAUCGUACCCUAGAAAUGUUGGCCGAAAUUCUGAGAUGCGUUUUCGACGAUAAAACAUUACUUUCGUGGGGUUGUAAUACUGAUUAUUUAGCAGCAUAAUUUUGCAAUGUUUCAGACUUACCAGGGUGUUGGUUUUUGAAUGCAUUUCUUUUCGGCUUCCUGAAGACAGCGCAUUCGGCAAAAAAGCGACCACUCAAGUAGCAGGCACUUUUCAAACUUAUUUUGGAUUGUCUAAAAAAUUUAAAUAUAUUUAAUAGAAAACAUACGUAAAAAUAAAUUUCAUUUACUCGUCUGGUAGAAAAUUACGUCAUCUUUGCAUUUGGCACCCGAUGACAGUGUAUAUUUCGGUUUUAAAAAGUCUUCAGUUGUGAGAUUUUCUAAUACCGUGAAAUGCCCAUUCGUAAAAAAUCGUGCCUAUCCGUCUACAAGUACUCCCAUGAAGAGUUUAACAUGAUCCAUAUCCAUUGCAAAAUUCUGUGAGCUCUGCGUAGUAUACUUUUAGAAACACAAGCCAAUAUAUGGUUCGUCUUACGCGAAAACAUGCGCCUUGUAAAACGAAAUAACUAAACAUAAUGCAAUGACUGGUCUGACUCAAAAUUAUUCGAAGAUAGGAAAACGUUUUCAAUACAUAAAUAUACACUUUCGUUGGGCAUGAAGUGUUGAGACAACGUAAUUCUCUACGAAUCAAGUAAAAAAAGCAUUCUUUUGUGCAUAUUUUUAAGAAACAUAUUUUAAUUUUUAAGACCAUCAAAAAUAGAUGAGGGAAAUGCAUGCUAUUUGAGUAGUCGUUUUUUUCCUUAGUUCGGUUUUUCAGAAGGCCUACAAGAAAUGCAUUCAAAAUAUGAUAGGAUUAUGUUGCAAAAUAAUCAGUAUUGCAAUCCCAUCUAAGAAAGCAUGCCUAGUCAAAAUGCAUUUGAGAAUAUUGGCUAAUAUUUCCUGAGAUCGGUCACUCGUGGUAGGAUUGCAAAAUACAACCACUGUCAUGGGUGACAACAUUAAAAACCACAGGCAACCUUUCAGUCAGUUUUAGAUGAUUAGGGUUAGGGUUAGUCUCCGAGUUUGGAGGGUCAGUGUUGGACGUAAAAUUGUGACAGAAGAAAAGCUAUCCCCUGGAAAUUAACCCAAAACCCCUGCAGUAAGGUGGCCUUUAUCCCUGUGUCCAGUUCCAUUGCGUUUUCGCGACGCGCCUGAUGACAGCGCUGAGUCCUUCGAGCACCAACUAACGCUUCCACGGUAGUGGAUUAACAACAAAAUGGGUGGUCCACGACAUUCCAAAAUGUUCUGUUAUAGAAUAAGAACGCUGUUAUAAGUGCCUGCUUGACGGGCGCUUAGUUCAUAUAAGUGGAAAACAGUGCAAAUCCUGGGAAAUAUCACUGUUAGCAAUAUGUGCAAAAAAUGAACACUCUUCACGAUGCUGCUAAUUAUUGUGUAAAUGUUUGCCUUGCGUUGAGAACAUUUUCCAAUUUUCCUAAACUUUCGGAUUCGUGCGGGGGUCCAUUGUUAGGGAUAAAAGCAACGACAGAACAAAUAAGCAUUCAUGGAGGUAUUAACCAAUCAGCGAUUUGAUCCGCAGAUCUAGAGUCGGUUUCGUCAGCCUCUGCAUGUCGACAAAAGAUUAAUAAAUCGAUUGACUGAAUUCUCCUCCUUGGCCCAGUCUUCAAUCGAUUCAUAGCUUGACAAGAGCAAUUAUCCUGCCGGCUGUAAUGUUGGAAUCGAGACCCCUUUGGUCACUCUAUUGCACGGCUAGCUGAAGUUCGUGUACUUGAGAUCGCAGUAUGUGAUCCGCCCGGUAUGCUUUCGUUUAGAGCGCAGUAUUCUAUAAGUAAAUUAUAAAUAAGGGAUCUUAGUAUUGGUUUACAGAAUCCAUUUCGACGUUAAGUUUCCCGCGACUUUAAAAUUCCGAAAGGAAGCUAGUAUUUCCCUACAGUCAUAGGUUGAUUAAAUAACGUUUGCCUGGUUUACGAUUUGCUUAACAUUAUCCACACACUUUAAAAAAAUUCUGACCUUAGCGACAUACUAGUAUACAAAUAUUUAUCUUGCAUGAAUAUGAAUAUCAACUCCUUCUGACGAUUUACUCGAAAACAUAUUUGUGCGCAUGGUUUGGAAUGCAGGCGAAGCCCAGCGCUGUCUAGUUUAGCGUAUUCAGGUAAUUCAGGCCAGUAAGUUUUCGCCUUUAUCUCCCACGAAUCCGAAAUUUAAAUGCGCAUUUAAAGCGUCCAAGUCGUGUCAAAUACGAAAUUUUGUCCGGUAUUCAAUUGCAUCGGACAUACCCGGAAUCUCCGUACUGCGCUAAUAUUUCAAGGCACGCAUUAGUUUGUGUGUGUCCGCGUUCAAAAAAUAACCCAACUUUUCUACCCUAACUGACAGUACUUCUUAAAUACCCAGUCAGAAAUCUGAUUAGUCUGCAAACACGCACAUCUAUGAAAGUAUCCUAAAGUCCACGGACGUGAAAGGUUUACAUGAAAUAUUUAUUAUAAAUCGGGCCGUAGGUGGAUAGAAGGCUUAACUGUCGGCGCGAACUCGCGACCUGUUAGUUAGAAGUCCACGCCUAUAACCAAUGGGCCACCAUUGUAUAUUCGCGAUCGAAACUGAUAGGGCAACAGACUCGUGACCCCGAGGUUAGGGGCGUGGGCUUCUAACUAACAGGUCGCGAGCUCGAGGCUCGGAUGUCCCACACUUCGGGGUUGGGCAUGACUGACUAACGACGACUAAUAAGCCAGAAAUGACCCUUCCAGUCUCCCUUAUCUUUGUUGGUAAUAACAUACUGCCUACAUAUCAUGCGCCGCUGUACGGCUGUUGAUUAGGCUCGGGCGAGAGUCCGCAAGGCACAACGGAACGAGUGAGUUGUGUAAGAACGAACGGUGAGCGACCCCUACCAUUAUAUAUAUCCUCACUCCAUAUUCCGUGCUGAGGCAUGGGCUGACCAAGGCAAUUGACCACUCGUGGAGCGGGCAAGCCGGUGAGCCAGAUGACCGAGCAGUCAUCACGCCAGCAUCCAAAACGGAUGAUGAGACUUCAGCAAUUAACUACAUGUAUGCUGUCCAUCAAGCAAUUAGCGCACCAGCGGGCAACAAUCCUUGAUGAAGGGGAGCGCGGUUAAUUGCUAUAAGUAUGCGGUAGCAUAGCCACUGCAUCCUAUAAAUACUGCAACUUCAUGUGCACAAGCCACCCUUUUCUGCCACUGUCUCUGAUGAUGGGUUCAAGUGAGGAUCCGAAACGUCAGACGAAUAAAGUCCUUGUUUCAGCGAUUGCUUUUUCUUCUAAUCUUUAUAUAUAGUCCACAGUCGAUAAAAAUAGGUAUGGGGAGGAGUUCAGGUGCUAAGGAUGGGGAAAAGGUGUCUGACAAUGUGCUGUGUCUAUGUUUUGUCGCUAUAACGCGACAUGUAAGGACGUGUCAACAAAUGUGCUGGGUUUGUCUUUGGUCAGGGGAGCCUAAGCGCAUCUCCGGCACUUUAUAGGUAACAAGGAAUGUUUGGUUCACUUUACCUUAUGGGCGAUGUCAACCAAGCGAGUCACAAUAGCGCUAGAGAUGAACAUUUCCACACCCUGACUUGGCCAGGCAGGAUGAUGCUCUCGCAUCCGCUCGGAUAGGCGUCCAGCUGCUCGACCAAUAUAACCUGCCCCGCAGGGGCAACUGAAGGCUUAUAUGCACAUUAAAGAGUUCUGAAAAGGCAGUCUAUUCUUAUCUUCAGGGUGAAGGAGCGAAGUGCUUGCGAAAACUAGUCUUACACGCGCACAAUAUUAGUGUGUAAGCGACGAUGGGAAGUUCGCUCUUCGUUUCCCCUCGAAAUGGCAGUAUGUGAAAUAACCCCUUCUUUUCAGUCGUAGUCACGUCAGAAUUUGGAGGGCGUUCUUCCAUCUGUUUGUUGACCAACUUUUCAAAAAAGUAAUUUUCCCGCAGAGUGUACUAUAUAAAUGUGAGUUUAUCCACAAGCCCCUCAAGAAUGCAUAUUCUCUCAGCUUGGUUGAUGAGACAGCGAACCAAGCUUCGUUUCUGACUUAGCAGAACAUAGCUGUAGAAUUUUGUCUAUUGUCCUGCCUAUGUUUUCUUAUGAAAUUCAUUUAUGUGUAAUACGCUUGACGUAACCAUCCCAAAUCUUUUUUCUUUGUCGGCACCUUUCAAUCUGUUCAGAAAAGGUUUUUCUACUAUCUGUCAAAACAUUCGAAGUCACUUCAAUUCAAUUUCAUACCGAACUUUGUGAUGUUUUAAAUUGCAUAACCGCAGACAGACGAAUUUUAGUCUUUUUUGUUUAAAUUCAGCUUACCGACGAGGAAAGAGUAUAUCUAAACGCGGCGACGAUUGGUGACAUUGGGGUGAUUCGCAUGUCUCUGGAGGACGCCGACUCCAACAGUAAUUUCAAUGUCAACUGCGUGGACUACAUGGGCAGAAAUGCCCUUCAUCUGGCUGUGGACUCGGAAAACGUGGAGGCCAUUGAAAUGCUGCUGGACAAACUGUCCUUUGAGUGCAUCGAGGAAGCUCUGCUGCAUGCCAUCUCGAAGGGUCACGUGAAGAUUGUUCGACACAUAAUCGAGCAUCCCAACUACAUGGCCUGCGAGGAACGCCUCAAACGCAUCGACUCCCAGAACGCCUUCUUCCGAACCACAGAGAAGAGCCAGUUCUCGCCGGACAUUACUCCGCUCAUUCUGUCCGCCCACUACAAUAACCACGAGAUGGUACAGAUGUUUCUCUCCAGAAACCACACCAUUGAGAAGCCACAUCCCAUCUCCUGUCAGUGUGCCGACUGUCAGGCGAAGCAGGACUACGACUCCCUGAAGAGGUCCAGGUCACGCCUGAAUGCGUAUAGAGCUCUGGCUAGUCCCGCCUAUAUGGCGCUCAGUUCUCCCGACCCCAUCAUGGCCACAUUUGAACUUCGGCAAGAGAUGAUGCGGCUGGCGGAGAUUGAGAAGGAAUUCAAGGUAAGCUCCGAAGCGUUAUAUUACUGAAUCGAACAUUAUUUUAAUAGGUCAAGUAAACGAUAACCUGCGUUUAUCUAAAUUUAUCCAUCGUAGAUUUGCUUUUCACGACGCUACUUUGGCAAUGUUGAUGGAAUAAGCCAUUAAAAGAUGGCGGAUCCUGUCUCCUGUAUGUUUCAUAGUCUGUCCCGUGACUCCGUGAAUGACAGAAUGCUACUUAGAACUAAACAUAUCACAAGUAGGAGGAAGUAAGAAAUUUUCUACCACAAAUAAUUUCAGACACAUAAAAAUAGUGUUUUAUUCUGAUAUGCAUGUAAUUCAUUUCUGCAUCCACUAACACACAGGAAUGGCUGAAAGUGCUGUUUUACACACUUCUAAAGUAUGGUACAUCGGAUAUGGCCAAUAUUUUUCUCUUCUCCGUGUCGAAACCUGUGAUAAGGUCCAAAUAUCGGUACAGAUUUUUCUUGUUCAGAAAGGUUACAAUCUUAAUGAUGAGUCAAUGCUACUCGCGAUGACUUGGCUGUGUACGGUAUGCAUUUUAAAGAAGCGAAUUGUGUUAUUUUGGUCAAGUGGCCGAAUUCUAACUUAGGCAUCCCAUAUUUUGAUCACUAUAUAUCUCGCUUCAAUUUGAUACCUCAUAAAUUCUAAUUGUGGUCUCUGUUCGAUUAAGAUGCAGACAUUGUUGCCGGCGGCAAGGUUUUCGCAUCAACUGUCAAACUCAGUUAAUGGAAUGGAAAGUCAGGCUAUUUCAGCAGCCGAAUCUCGUGUUAUGCGUUGUUAAAAGGCGACUUCAUUAUUCUGGAGAGUUCUAAGUAGGAUAAGAGAAACUCCUGAAUGGAACCUAACAAACACGUCUGUAAUUCUCUGUAAGGACGGCAGACAAUACUGAGUUGUCGGAAAAUAAAAACUCAUCAAAUGUGUUGUUCUAGGUAUACAAGCAUCGGAAAAUGCUCGAAUGCAGAUGAUAACAAACUCUGUACGAGGUUGAACCUCGUAGGCCUGGUCGGUACAUACUAAUAUCUGUCAGUAUUAUUCGCUGCGUAGAUCAGACGAGCGGAUGCUGGCGAUGCAAUUAACUAUUUCCAGCAGUUUUGCUUCAUUGACUGAGAUAAGGUCCUCCUAUUGGAGCCGUUUCGCAACAAUUCGCACAAACGGCUAUCUAAAAGGUUUUUGGACCAGAGCCAAACACAGUGGUCGCUAAUUCCUGCAGGGCUGUAUUUCCUGUAUCAAAAACAGCAUAGAUGAGUAUUUUGCAAUAUUUGUAUAUUAUAUCAGAGAACAGGUAUCUUCCUAGCACUUGCUAGGCUGGUAAACUUUUCCGUCCGGAACCGACAGAAUAACGGAUCCUUGGUUCACUGGUAGAGAAAUGAGCCCAGUAAACCGUUUAAUGAACAAACAAUUUGGGUUUAAAUCCCAGGCUAGAUAUGGAUGGCUGGCGACGGCCAGUAGACCAGAAAUGAUCAUCUCAGUCUCCCUUUAAAGACCAAGCAUUUUAUCGCUGAGUCCACUGAAGUCUACUCAGCAUCUGACGCAAACGAAAAUAUACUUUCCGCUAAAGAUCUAAGUAGAAGGGGACGCCAUGGUCGGGGCAAGGGUUUCAUCCGCUGGUAGUUUCGGUCUCACGCUUGAACCCAUCGUCAGAAAGGGCGUUAUUUCGGGUUAGUUGAUGCUUUAAUUCAAAAUGUCAAGCGGAUUAACUUCACGCCCCGGCGACCGCGUGUGUUUCAUUGUUCAUUGAACUUAUUUGCACCUUGCUGGCUUUGCCGAUAGUAGCGAAUAGGUAAGUGCCAGGAAGCGGUUCAGAAAACGAAGAUGCGAUCAGUGGGACGAGAAAUUCACUAACCUGGCGUUCGGAUUCUCACCCGAACCCAUCGUCGGAGCAGUCGGUUAUGUGGCCACCUGUAGUACGUGACCGAUGGUAAUAGGGUGUUUUUACCGGUGGGACCGGGGAACGCACAGGCGACGAGGUCAAGUAACUGUAUGCAAAAGAAAAGCUAUUGGGCAUGCGCGGUUGUACUUUGAGUGACCGAGACAUAGUUGCCCUUACCCCAACUUCAAACCCCAACAAGAUUGUGACCAUCGGGUGCGGCCACAUAACCGUAUCUUACCGAGCAGUCGACUCUCUCUGAUGAUGGGUUCAAGGGGGGAAUCCGAAACGUCAGGCCAGUAAAUUUCCAGUUCCAAUGAUCGCAUCUUUUGUUGGUUUUACCGCCUAAUGAUCCUGUCAUAUUGUCCCCUGCACUGUAUUCCCUAAAAAAGCUUUUGCAUAUUUUACACAGCGUCGGUUUCAUUAUUGUUAAACUGUGUGUUACGCCGGGGCUAACGGUAACAUUGCCUAGCUUUGGCGUUACAUUGUCUCUCCUAGAAAAGCAGUCGACUUAAAAAAGCCCUCGGAGCUCAUCGCACCAGUAGUCAUGAGUUAUUUUUUGAUUCACCAAGCAUACUUUGCGGUUACAUAUGUGUGAAGUUGGUGCAGCAAGCUCGUAGCGGUUUACAUGCGCUAAUUGCGACUGCAUAAGCAGAGGCUGCAUAACACGACUUCCCUCGAUCUGCCCGAGGCAAUUUCUGGAUGAGUUCAUUAAAACAUUUCGCAAAUCACCCUCCGUAAGCUGUAAAAUGACAUGUUAGAGCGUCUUUAUCAGCUAUGUGACAACUGAAAGGUGAGUUUCGAUCGGAUAUCAGAUCAGUUGUGGAUAUAAAGCAGUAGUUUUAAAGUAACAAAUUUGUGCUCCUCUUAGUUUUUUGCUAGAAUCUCUGGUAUCUCAUACAGGUUUUGGUAGAUUUUUAAUUAUAAACAUUGGCUCAACUGUAAAGGACUCGGCGCAUCGGUGGGAUUCGAAUUCACGACAUCAAGGAAGAGGCUAUGGUACAGCUAACUGUCUAGUCACAUGAGCUACGAGGUCCUACCGGGAGACGUGAAUUCAAUCACAUUAGUGUCAAGUUGCCCACCCAAACUACCGCAGCGAAUACCAGGCCCCUAAGUAAUCCACUUUCGGGAAACCUGUUUUGCACAGUCAGCUUACUCUGUUAGAUUUGGUGGAUUCAAGACGUUGCAGUAGGUUCGGCAGGUAACCUGACCCAAAUGCGAUUGAACUCACGUCUUCCGGUGGGGUCUCGUAGCACAUGUUGCUAGAGCGUUGGCUGUGCUAAAGCCUUCCCCUUUCUGUCAUGGGCUCGAAUCCCAUCGAGGGGAUGCGUUUUUUACAGUUGGGUCAAUAUGAAUCUCUGGUAUCAUUCACUAAGUAAGCUUCGCAAUUAGUUGAUUCCAUCCUUUUCUGCAGCUCUGGUAGGUACGCUGACCCAAGUGUUAGUAAACUCAUAGUUGUGGAUCAGGUGGUCAGAUCGUUGGCUAUCCACUCAAGCCUUGAUCUUUCUGUAGCUAGUCUGAUUCCUGCCGAGGUCGCUACGUUUUUGCAUAUGAUUUGAUUUGAUUUAGGUCUACAGAUAUGUCUUCUGGAAGAUUAAAACUGAAGACUCAUCCGACGCCCGUACAGCAACGAGCAAACAGUAGUCGCUUUUAGGAUGCACCUAGUCGCAAAUGACCGUGACUUAGAAGCUAAGGUCUAAACACACUGCUUGCAGAGUAAAACUCCAUUUUUUCAAGCCGUCAGUCAGAGUAUCGUUGACUGACGUCGCGAAGCAUUAAAUUAUUCCAUCUCUCACUGUGUUACGCUUACGGAACGAGUGAGUUCCGUAGGAACGAUCGGUGAGCGCCUCCCUACCAUCGUAUAUUCCCGAUCUUAACCAACAGAACAACGGGCCCGUGGCCCAAUGGUUAGAGGGUUGGGCUUUUAACUAACAGGUCGCGAGUUCAAGCCUCGGGUGUUCCAUACUUCGGAGUUGGAUAUGACUGUCUGAUGACGCUAAUACGCCAGAAACGGUCAUUCCAGUCUCCCUUGUCUUUGUCGGUAGUGUUAUAUUUGUCAGUAUUAGACCACGUUAAACAUGACAGGCCGGUUGACAAACUAAACGUCAAGUCCUUAAAUCUUUAUGCCUUGUAUAGAAUGCAUAAAAUGCUUUUUUUCAUUUUAUCAUAUUAUUUUCUCAACAUGGCAAAGCCCUUUAGACGGCGCUUGCAUUACCGACCAGCUUCCUACUUACCCUCAUGAACUGAUUAAUGCUCGCAUUUGAUAUAUUGCUCAGAACAUGAUUAACUGUGAGCACACCCAUUUAAAUUUGUGUAAAAAGAAAUAGUGAACUCCGCGACGACUCGUUUAAGCCCAAGGUUCGUACAGUCGCCAGUAAGUGUGACGUUUUGGUCAUGUUAUCGAGGUUGUGGCAUAAUUUCCUAAAUGAACGUUCAUCAUCACGUAAGCGCGUGCGAACGAGCAAGUUUCGACUACAAAUUUGUCUGCCAGUGGGCAGAUAUUUCCUUUCCGGGGACUCCAGGCUGAGUUCAAGUGUUAAGAUCGUGGAUAACUGUGAUUUAUCGAGCAUUUACUUCACACAUAAGCGCAUUCUAUUCGAUGAUAUGUCAAUCGUUUGGCUCCUGGCUAGUGCCGCUGGAAAUAUUUACGUCAAUAAAUUUUGCGACAGUCAAUCAGGAAUUUUCUGUGACAGAAGAACAGGACUAGGGAGUGCAGACCCUUUGGAAUAUCCUUAGGAAAUCCAUACGACAGCUUCAGCGUACUGAUAUGGAAUGUAAAAUUUGAUUUAAAAUCUGAUCUGAUAUAAAAGCAUUUGAAGACACUGCAGCUUAACCUGAAAAAUUCAGUAUUAAAAAAUGAACGAGCGACCUGAUGACAGGAGAUAACUAGGGUAAGGUGAGAUUUGUUAUAUGAUGCAGUCAGAGUAUCUUGUUGUCCUAUCAAAUGUUAACCGAAAUUCUGAAAUAGAUUUUCGAUUAAAAAGGCUAACUCAGAUGGAGUUGUAAUAUUCAUAAUCUUAUAGUAUUGCCCUAUAAUAUUUCAGCAACGUCAGGAUGCCGUCUUUCGGACGCAUUUCGUUUGAACCGACUGCAAAAACCAUACUUGGCACCAAAUAAGUACUUAGUCAGUAUGAUUUUUUCCGAUGAAUUUUGACGCCUCAGAAAUUAUAGUGAGUUUUCAUAGGGAUGUGACAUAAAAUAGUCUCGGUUUUAGUCAUUUGAUGGGAAAGUGUGCUUUUGCAAAUAUAUUUUUUAAGGUACGAUUUAUUUUACCUUAGAAAUCUCGCAAGUUUGAGGAUUUUUAAGACUGUGUAAUCUAGCAUCCUAUCUGGGUGUUGAUUAAUGUUGCUUAUAAAUAGCAUAGAAUCGUCUUAAUUAAUAGCAAAAUUCAAUGACACAGAAUACUCCAUGGUCUGCCUUACACAGAAAGCGAACAUCAUGUAAUUUAGAUACUAAGUGCAAGCCGGGCUCAAAAUUAUUUCGGAGUUAAAAAGGACUUAUGAAACCGAAAUACGCCCUUUCGUCGAGUUUAUAAUUUAAAGCAGGACCUAAUUUGCUACCAGAUGAGUCACUUGUCUUAACGAAUAUACUUAAAACGGCAACGUUGUCAAAAAUCAAUAAAAAGGCAUAAAGGCAGUAGAUUUUACUGCAAAAAAUAUUUUACUCGGUAGAGCAGAAGAUCUAUAAAAAGGGCCCAGGCCUCAAUUUGCCGAGCCCUAGUUGUGAUAAUUCAUUUUUCAUUGCGCAUGAAAACACAUAACAGCAGAGAGGUAGUAUAAUCUUUUAUAUCUUUAAUCGAGCGUCUAAAAGCGAAAUGCUGAUGUCCUUUUUCAAAAAGAGAGCUUAUCUUUCCACUCCGUCUUUUGUAAUGCUGUCAGUACGCGGAUUUCCGCACUGGCCAGACUGCUCUGAUUAAAUCAGUAAAAACGUUAGCGUUUUCGGCUGUAGCAGAACAAAUUUUAAAAACGGACUUUCUACAAUUUUUCCCCUACUAGGAGAGAAUCGUUUGCAUCCGAUGCCGGCCACCUUGUUUACUAACCGCAGAUUGCAAUAUAUGCAGUUGGAAGGAAAGGUUUUCUACUGAGAGAAAACCUCUAAGGAUUCAAUCCCCGCCGGUCAAGGUUCGGCAGCCUGGACGAUACUGAUUUGCUGCAUUUUUAUUGUGUCAGCUCCAGCUGGAAGUGUAUCGGGUUACAGCAGCUUGCGAGCAUUUAGAUAUCUUGAAAGUCUGUCAUCUUGUCGCUUCCUGAUCUGCAAAAAAACAAGAAGAGACCUUUUGGGGGGGGCUGGAAUAGUGGGGGGGUCGUGAGACGGGAUGGAACAGGUGGAUGGGAGCAACCAAGACCGCGCGCGUGACAGAAAAAAAACCUAAAAGGUAAAAAAAGAACGAGACAACGACAGCCCGCAUAUCAAAACGGACGCAGUCGACGCAGGAACGGAAACAGCGAAAACCGCACCAGCGCGACAGGUUCGAGCUACUCGCUCUUGUUUUGCAUUAGAGGUGAAGUGUAAAUGAUGCAAGCGAAUCUGUUGAUGUCGAGGGACAGUGUUCAGUACCGAAUCUUCGGUUCAGGUGCACCUGGUAACGGCCAUCCGAGCUUCCGUCGUCAUUUGCGAAAGUUUCCAUCUGCAUGUGUUACUACCUGCUGUGCGACUGUCUGCGUGGCUGUAGAUCGAGGCCCGAAGCACAAGGGAACGGGUAUUACUCGUAACAUGCUCUGUAAGCGCCCUCUGUCAUGAGCAUAUAUAGUACAGUAGAUGGACUAACUUAUGAAAUAUCGGUCAAAAUUUCGAAAUGCGUUCUCGUUUCGAAAUGAUUUGGUGAAGUAUGUAUGUAAAAAUAAUCAUAACAUAACAUAAUUCUAUAAUGAUCCAGUUACGUUAGGGUGCCUUUAAUAGAAAGAACUUAUUUCUGACUGCAUGCAAGAUCUAUACUCUGCAAAAAUGACUACUUAAUUAGCAUGGAUUUUUUUCAAUGAUUUUCGAUGAUCGUAAAAGUUUAAUUGCAUUUUAUGAACAAAAUUGCACACAAACAUUCAUUCUUCUACCUAUUAGGUAGAAUAUGGCGUCGUAUAAUUUUAUGCUCGGUGCUUCUACUUAUGAGAGUUUUUAAUACCACGAAAUGGCCGUUCAUGAAAUGUCAGGUCUUUGAAUUUACCAAUGUGGCUUUUAAUGUUAAAAAUAUGGGUCAAAUACACUGCUAAAUUUUAUGACCCCGAUAUAGUCUCCUCUUAAUACCGUGGAGAAAGGUAUGUUUUUCAUUGACGGACAAUAUGCGGCUAGUAGUUCUUAAGCCCUAAAUGCAAGCAUACCAGCUGGUCAGCUUCAGAAUUAUACGGGAAAUGGAAACGUUCUUUUAAAACUGAAUUGAACUCUCCUUUGAGUAUACAAUUGGAAGAAGAUGUGAUUCUCUACCGAAUAAGUAAAAAAUGAAAAUUCUUAUGCCUGUUUUCCAUGGAAUAUAAUUAAAUUUUUAUAGGCAGAAAAAAUAAAUGGGAAAAGUGCAUGCUACUAAAGUAGUCAUUUUUUGCAGAAUGUAGUUCUUACAUGCAGAUGAAAAUAAGUUCUUUCGAAAGCCGGCAUCCUGAUGUAACUGAAGCAUUAUGGAAUUAUGCUAGACGAUGAUACGUUUUACAACCCUGCUUAAUUAAUCUUUUUGGAACGAGAACGCAUUUCGAGAUUUCGGUAUAUGCGGAGUUUUAUUACCGAAAAAGACAAGGGAGACUGGAAUGACCAUUUCUGACUUAUUAGCCGUCGGUAAUAACAUUCUGCCCAUAUCAUGCGCCGCUGUGCAGCUGCUGUUUGAGCUCGAGAUGCGGGACGAGUGAGUUCCGCAAGAACGUUCGGCGUGCGCCCCUCUACCAUUAUAUAUGUGUAUAUACUUAUGAAUUGGAAAACAGACAUAACAAGAAAUUUUAUUAGAAAGAUGGAGUUUUUUGGGAAACAACAAACUUUAUUGUAAAAAUUUUCGAGACUGUUUCUCCAACUCAUCUUUGGACUAUCCGUGGGCAAAAAUAAGUAACUUGUAAACUGAGUCUGACAAAGGAUUAUGUGAAUGGCUAAAGUCUGUGCCAAUGCGUGUUAAUUGCGAUUUGUUCCUCCCCGGGAUCGGCUGAGCCAGUCUGUAUUUGGCCUUAACGAUUUCGUAUGUGGUAUCUCGAUUGAUAUGCCGGUUGAUUUAUGGCUCACCUAAGUGCAUUGCUUCCAGACAUUCGUGGCCUUUUCUUAUCAGGCAGGCGCCAACACUGCGAGUGUUCUCCCAUGCAAAUUUGCACAGUGUCCAGUGUGUGCGUGGCCACCUGGGAUUGAUGGUCGCGUCCUUUCACCGCCAACUGGUGUUCAUGAAUACGGGUUGAGAUAAAAUCCCUAGUUUGGCUACAAUAGACGGUUUAGCAUCUAGAACAUAGGAUUUUGUAGACAACACAUUUUCUUUCGAGGUAGCCAACCCUGUCCUUUGGAUGUACAAGCUGUAUGCCUAAGGUAGUUGUCGGUUGGUGUGCCACUUGUAUCUGGCGUUUUUCGGUUGUCUUUCGAUUAGCUCAGAUACAUUUUUUACGUAUGGGAGAUUUCGCCAUUUAAUUGGUGUAUAUAUAAAAUAGAAGCGAAUAUGCGCGUCCGUUGACAUAGAUGAGGAGAAAAGACGAUCUCAGGGACCCCAAUUUUAUUUUUCUGUCGUUUGAAAAGCCUUCGAGCCUUCAUCGCAAGAGAUGGCUAUGGGAAACGAAGCUCACAGAAUUUAUAGUUGGUGGCUGGCUCAGUUACGCCGUCAAUGUGGCGGGAAGGAAGGGAUAGGGAAAGCCUCCAUAAGCAUCUUGCCAGCGGAUGAGGAGAUGAUAUUUGAACUUUGAUGGUCAUAAUUCGCAUGCGCGCAGUGACCUUGACGGACGGGGAUGAGAAGGAAGAUGGCGGAGUGUUCUCAAUCAACGUGGCUCUCGUGGGGGGCCGGCGCUGAGACGUUGGCAGUCGUCGUCCGUGCCCGCAUUGACCUUAGCAGUCGCCCUAAGCUGCCAAUCUUGCUCACGUUGCCAUGACUGUCUGCUUUAUCGUCCGCCGAAUAAGUGGAUUGCACGGCUGUAAUCGCGACUGCGUUGGACCCGAUUGGAAGUGCGGCUACGUGCGUGUCCUCUUUGGAGUCACUCAUGUUUGGAUCAAUAUUUAGCCUAGGUUCGCGUUUGCCUUUUCUUUCUCUGGGCUGCGUCCGAAGGCCGCACAACGGUUGCUGAAAUUUAUCUCCGUGUGCAAAGGCUCGACUGUUCCCCUGACUAUGCGGUCAUUUCCUCGAUACAGAAUUUUAGCGUUCUGGGAGCCGAAAGUGUUUUCAAAGUCAGCACAGUGCUCUGCCACCAGAGAGACCGGCAAACGACUACAGACACAUAGGGGCGGUGACAAUAGUGGGCCCAUUGAAGACAGAAACAUUUGGCUAGAUCGCAGUUGGUAGCCCGGACCCGCAUUACAAGUGGCUGGGAAGGGGGUUUGUUUACUGGGGUUAUUUUGUGGGGCUUCAUAGUCACAUCUGACACAUUUGGCUUCCGUUUUACGUUUGAGGUAUCGGAGUAGGGUACCGGGUAAUGGUUUCCGAUUUUCCGGUUAGGGUUAUGCAUUUAGACUUAGGUUUUCGGCGUACAAAUAUGUUUCAGCAUUACGAUUAGGCUUCCCAGUUACGGCUAUGUCUAAGGGCUACGGUAACGUUUACGAUUUCGGCUAGGGUUGGGGUUGCCGUAAGGGUUAACGGUUAAUGGUAACGGUUGAGGUUAGGAUUAGGGUUAAGGUUGGGAUUAGGGUUGAGGUCGCCGUUCGCUACCCAUUCCGGGCUAUGAGGCGCCACCGGAAACCCUAUAUACUGUAGUUGAAAUUCACAAAAACAUGCUUACAUAUGGUCUCGGGCAAAUAUCAAUAGCACAGUUCUUGAAUAUAAAUCAAGGUUGCGUUUUGCCAGCAUCUGCAGACGUUCUUUUGAUGCCAUUUCUUAAAAACAUGUGUCAUCGGAAAAAAUAUUUUCCGGAAUGUUCUUUGCUCCUAUUACGUACUUCAUCCACUACGUCUAGUAGAUGUCGCUUCAUGCUGCCUUGAUGAAAACGUUUCACAAGCUAGAAAUGGCCAUUUCAGUCUCUUUUGUCCGUAUCGGUAAUGCUAUGUGGCGUAUAUUACGUGCGACUGCUAGUUGGACUCGAGAAAGAGCACGUAGGUACAACUGGACUUGCGAGUUUCGUAGCUCGAUCGAUGAGCGUCCCUCUACGCAGGAAUGAUUGUUUAUUUAUUGGUAUUGGCUCUUUGGGCAAACUGAUUUGCUGUCUGGGUGUGCAGUCUGUUUUCUGGAUCGCAUCAAUCACAAAAGAUUUCGGGGUUCUUGCCGUCGCCUCUGAAAUGUUGUUCACAUAGGGAAUUGAGAGCCAGAACUUCGGUUUAUCUCCAAUCAACCGCUCAAAAUGAGACUUCAUAAAGCAUUUGCGUAUAAAGGACUUCGGAAUGCCGUUGCACAAAUCGAACCCUGUCUCACCAAUGUGUCCGCGGGGCUGAAAGUAACUUACACAAACAGCAACGACUAAUCAGUCCGCCGACUGACGUGGCAAAGGCCAACAGGCACAAUGACUUGGCUAUAACAACGCUGGCCCCAAAGGGGACAAAGGUCAUACGAGCCAGCCAGUCGUCAGUCUUGAGGAGGCCAAAGUCAGUCGGCGGCGAACUUCCUCGAAUCUUCACGCAGUCGACAUAUAUAUAUAUGCAGUGCGAUAUUACCGAAAUAGACAAGGAAGACUGAAAUGGCCAUUUCUGGCUUAUAAGCCGUCGUCAGUCAGUCAUACCCCACAUCGAAGUGUGGAACACCGAGGCUAUAAUUCGCGACCUGUUAGCUAGAAGUCCACGCCUCUACCCACUGGACCACGAGCCCGUUGCCCUGUCGGUUUCGAUCGGGAAUAUAAAAUGGUAGGGAGCGUGCACCGAUCGUUCUUAGGGGCGUGGACUUCUAACUAACAGGUCGCGAGUUCGAGCCUCGGGUGUUCCACACUUCGGAGUUGGGUAUGACUGCCUGAUGACGGCCAAUAAGUCAGAAAUGGCCAGUCCAGCACGCAGUCGACAUAUAUGAGUAUUUAUAUGCAUUUAACAGCAGUAGAGGCAGGCUUCAAGCGUUCGUUAGCAUCUUUCCACCCUAGUUUUUGUGCCAAAACUUUUCGCCUGCGUGCAGUGGCAGUAACUCCGUUUUUUGCUACAAACGCACGCAUUCACUGGUUUUUAAGUCUUUCUCACAUACAGUUGAUGGGUUAUCUCGUGAAGUUUUAACUAAAAUUCAGAAAUGCGUUUUUUUUAUUAGAUAGGACUGCUUAUUUUAUGUUUUAGUAUCACUUUUUAUGCAGCCUAAUCCCGUGACGUUUCAUUCACUUCGGGAUGCCGGAUUUUGAAUGAGCCUCUUUUCGGCCACCUACAUAAACAUCCAUAGUUAACCAAUUGACCGCUCAUAAAUAUGGGUUUUUCAUGCAUAUUUUCGAGACCCUUGUAAAUCUAAAUAUAUUUUAUGAGACAAUAUACACAAAAAUACUCUUUUUGCACCCACUAUAUAUAUGGUUAUGUGUUUUUCGAAUUAUUUACACGAGAAAAGUUUACCUUUCGGUUUUAAUAGUUUUUUUUCAAAAUUAUUUUGAACCAGAAUUGCCGCUGCAUCUGCGUUUGAGAUUUGAAAACUCCAUGUUGUAAACUUUCCUUUGCGGGAUACUCUACAAUGGACGUCGACCAUCUCGUAUACUUGAUAACCAUCACAAUUGAACCUAUUUAUGCGAAGCUGUGUGAAAAGACUUUCCAUAGUCUCAAAAAUUACACAGCUAGAGAUUUAUAAAAACCGACAUAUGCCUUUUUAGUCUAAAAUUCGAGAAAGACAUAAUUAUCUACAACGCGAGUAUAAGGAAGGAUAUUUCUCUCUAAAUUAUAUUUUAAUCAAUUCAACUAUCGAGAAUCCCUGGUAGAAGAAUACCAAAUAAGUCGUCAUCUUUUAGCCAGCAGGGUUUUUGCAUGUGACUGGAAAGAGGUUUAUUCAAAAGACGGCAUUUUGUUGUUCUGCAUGGUAAUUGAUGUUAUAACACCAUCUAAACAAUCCUUUCUAGUCCCAAAAAUACAUUUCCGGGUUUCGAUUGGCAUUUUAUAAGACUACCAACUUUCUGCAGGCAGUGGCAAGACACUGGUCCGGACUUUUAAUCAGCAUCUAUGACAAAAUUACCACCAUAAAAAUCUUAUGCCGCUGGUAGCACUGAUCGUAUUUAGUUUGGGCAUAGUUGUUUCUUGGCAGAAGUAAGCCGUCUUCGACUCAAAUGUUCCUUAAAAUUUCAGGUUGACACCAAAUGUCCUGUAAAGGCCAUGUAGCACCAGAUCUUGUCCUUGCUUAUUCGGAAAAUCAUUAGCUUCAAGACAGGCCAACGAGUCCCUGGUUAUAGCGUAAGACCUCUAGCCGACAACUCGUCGUGUCGGGCCUCAAUGGUUUCGGGCUUUGGAAUGGUUAUGACUGACUAAUGUAGGCUAAUGACAGUUCGACCGUCGUUUCCGACGAUGUCCACCGUAUGCUUUACAGCAAGGUGGAAGCAGGGACGGUUAUUUGCGCGCCAGUGAGUUUGUCGUGACAGUAGAUUUGCGCGGAAUCAACCGCACUCUCUCUUCCUCCCUAACAUGGACCCAGUGUCAGGACAGAGCCAAGAAGACCAGAGGGCGGAGUUGGCUGGUGCGACCGGACCCGCACCCUGGCGUGUCACAACCCUGGUUCACAACGGAUACUUGAGUAAGAUUUUUCAACAACAACAACAACAACAGCAAAACCGCAACAGAGGUCAAAAGAACGCGGAUGACUGGGCAGCCAUGCCCACUACAGAAGGAGAGCAAGGGCGUUUAUCGGCAGAGAACCAGGUGUCAGGUAACUGUCAGCACAUACUAGGCUACGAGGACCGUGAUCUGCUGAUACAGGCAUUGCACACGCUUUCAGGCCUUUUUAACGAAUAAAGGCUAAUACGCAAUAAAUUACCAUUCCAGUAUCGCUCGUAUUUGUCGGUAGUAUCCUUCGGCAUAUAUUUUAAGGUGCAUUAAAAAGACAAGUAAGACUAGUAGUGCGAUUCCGAAUUAUUAGCCAUCGUCAGGCAGCUACACUCACCUCAGCCUUACAGCACACUGGAUUCAAACUCAGGAUCUAUUGGUCAUUGAGUCAAGCCAUAUACCAAUGAGCCUUGGGCCCACUAUCCUGUCGGUUGCGAUCGAUAAUAAAAGAUAUGCAGAAAGUGCGUCUUCCUGCCCCCUUUGGGCCGAAACUUAAACCCUCGCAGGUAUUUGCACAGUAACUUAUAUAUAUAUAUAUAUCUAUAUAUAAUGUUAGGGGGCGCUCACCGAUCGUUCAUACGGAACUCACUCGUUCCGUUGUGCCUUAUGGACUCUCUCUCGAGCCCAACCAGCAGCCGCACAGCGGCGCAUGAUAUAUAGGCAGAAUGAUAUUACCGACAAAGACAAGGGAGACUGGAAUGGCCAUUUCUGGCUUAUUAGCCGUCGUCAGCCAGCCAUACCCAAGCCCGAAGUGUGGAACAUCCGAGCCUCGAACUCGCGACCUGUUGGUUUAGAAGUCAACGCCUCUACUCGCCGGGCCACGAGCCCGUUGUGCUUUCGGUUGCGAUCGGGAACUUACAAUGAUAGUGGCGCUCACCGGUCAUUCUUACGAAACUCACUCGUUCCGUUGUGCCUUAAGGACUCUCUCUCUCUAGCCUAACCAGCAGCCGCACAGCGGCGCAUGAUAUAUAGGCAGAAUAGUAUUACCGACAAAGACAAGGGAGACUGGAAUGGCCAUUUCUGGCCAACUAGCCGUCGUCAGUCAGUCAUACCCAACCCCGAAGUGUGGCACACCCGAGGCUCGAAUUCGCGACCUUUUUGUUAGAAGUCCACGCCUAUAACCACUGAGCUACGAGCCUGUUGCCCUUUCGGUUUUCGAUCGGGAAUAUACAAUGGUAGGGGGCGCUCACCGAUCGUUCAUACGAACUCACUCUUUCUGUUGUGCCUUAUGGACUCUCUCUCGAGCCCAACCAGCAGCCGUUACUGGUUGGGCUCGAGAGAGAGUCUACAAGGCACAACGGAACGAGUGAGUUCCGUAAGAACGAUCGGUGAGCGCCCCCUACCAUUAUAUAUGGAAUAUAUAUAGGACAAGAUGUUGUUCAAAGUUUCCAACCUAAAACGUGGCUCCAAUAAGUAGAUGACACAUUUGUCAUCGUUAAGACCUGUGAAGUUGAGCGAUUUCACCAGAACUUGAAUGGCGCCUUCCCAGCCCUACAAUUCACUAGUGAAGAAGCAAAAGGAGGCACUUUUCCGUUCCUAGACGUGAGCAUACAAAGGCCUAGCAACAAGCGUUCAUCGGAAACACUCUGACGCUGAGAUCAUCCUGAGCUAUCAGAGUAACCAGCCAGCAGCCCAUAAAAAGCUGUGUUCGGACCCUUUUCCAUAGGGUCUAUCGUUACUGUAGUAGCGCCGAUUAGCUCAAGAAAGAACUGGCUUAUUUGUAUCUCUUUGUCCGACGUAACGGAUACUCGGUGAGCUUUGUGAAAAAUUUAGAUAUAAUAAAACGGGAAGGCUCGUCGGAAAAUCGAGGUAUAUAUAUAUAUAUGGGCAAAUGAAAUGAAAAAUUUUAUUAUAAGAGCAAAAACCUAUUUUAAUAACCAUUUUUGGGAGUCUUCGAGACAUUCGAUUUGCAAAAAUGACAUGAGAAAAUGACCGAGAAAACUUACUUCUCAUUAGGCUUAUCCUGUCGCAAUUCAGAAUACUCCGGAAGAUUUCGGCUGUGGAAUGAGUCACUGGUAGCUGCAAGCACAUUAAUUAUCGUUAAUUUCUGACAGCCGUUUUCUCAGUGUGCAGUUUGUCGCAUAAACUUGUAAGAACGGUUAUGAUGAGAUUUCCAAACAUGGAAAACUUUCCUGUAACGCCUGUAAAUUCUGGCCGACCGACAGAAUUCUCUGCUCCGUGCAUGUGAGACGGUAUGCAUAUAGCUACUCAUCAUUCUUUCACCCCACAUUAGUCGUAACGAAAAAAGGAUAAUUUCCCCUCAAAGGGCUGUUUAGUGCGAACAAUCUAAUUCUCCUGCAUAAACUACCAAACCGUGCUAGAUCGGAGGAAACCUCAUAAAAGCUAUGCUACUUCUGAAACCACAGUAAUAUCAUCUGGUCGCGAGGCUUUCAUACCGAUCACAUUGAGGGUUGUAGACUGGCUUAGCAACAGUUAUGAACGAGUAGGUAAAACAUGAAAUUCGGAAUUAACUGAUAUACAAGAAAACUGUAGGCUAAUAACAUUCAGUCCAUGGCGUAUUAGAUGGCCUUUCAAAAUAAUUCGGAGGCUUUUUGGUGCGAGUGGACAGUAUGCUUUUAAGACAAGUUUUCGGAAUGUUUCAGAAUAAAUUACUUUUUGACCCUUUUUUAAAAAAGGUACUUGCAGACAAGUGCCUAUGAAUGGUGGUAUAACUGUUACUGGUUCGAACACGCAAAACUAGUACAGUGGUAUGUAAUGAUCGAGGGUUAAACAGUAUUUGUAAAUUAUAUAGUUUCGUAAAUACUGCCUCAUAUCUCAGGCAACUUCCUAUAAAAUCUAACUGCGAUAUCUUGACAUGGGAGAAGAACUAGUGUCUGAGUUAGGCGAAGCUAAAAACGUCGGUUUAGUUAAAUUCAAGGGUAUUACAAUGACUUUAAACUAUUUGACGAUUUAAGAGAACAGUGACCUCAGUUCAUCGCUUUGCGUUAUUUCUGAACCCAGAUCAGGUACCAGCCUAAUACUUUAUUAAGUUACAGUCUCGUGACUUAUCGUCCUGCCUUUGAUUCCUUCUUCUACAGCAUUUUUGAUAGACUUUAAUCUGCGUAUUCUCCCAUAUGGCUCAUAGCGGAAUAAAGUGCUAAAUUAAGAACAGAAGCGCCGGCUUACCUUUAUUCAUGCGAGGUAGAUUACGGAUCCUUUGGUAAACUCAUCCUCCGCCACUUCAGUAUCAUCAAUUCCAAAAACAUCUGCGCCUCUCUGUUAGGAAAAUUUUCCUGUUAAAAUUUAAAUUCUUGUGACGGACUGAGAGAUCAUGUCGGCCAUUGAGUAUAGUCUUACCUCUGAAUUCACACGGUAACUCGAGGCUAAGUGAAGUCUCCCCGUCAUAGGACAGCUCACAAUUGAGACAGCACUUCCCUCGAGACCGUGCUAGCCAUCAUAGACUUCAUUCAAAAACUGCACAGAAAACUGAUUUCAAUGUGACUAAUUGCAAACAAACCGCCUGUCCAACGUUUUAAGACUUGCGAUAUCCGGUUUAUAAAUGCACCCAAAACACAACCGAAGAUUUAAUUAGCCGCAUACGUUUGAAUCAGCCUCAAAGUUUGUGGAAUGCGUUAGCCGAUUUUUUUUGUUAAAAGCGCUUGCACCCCAGAGUCGCGACUCCCUUAAAUAAGAUUCUGUAUUAGAAAUCUACAAAAAUAUAAAUACAACGAACUGGCACAAGACCACAACACUGUAAAUAUCUCUUUUGAUAUACUCUUGCCGCGUAAACGUAGCUCAUUAGUAUAGAAAUAAAGGUAGGCUAUUUAGUUUCUUUCACGUGGGCAUUUUUGAGAAUUUUCCGUAAGAGGAAGACGAAAGUCGGAACCAGUGGUAGUUUACAUGACAGGAAGUUUAUUGAGAUCCCUUGUCUCGCGUAAAUUCAAGGUCAGGCAUCCAGCCAAUCACAUGCGGGUCUUACGCGGGAGUUACGGUACUAGGUGCUUUUGUGCGCAGAGAACCGGCUUGCGCAAGCAUAUUGCUGUCGCCCUCACAUGGUACUAGUAGGCGUUGCCGUGGCGGCUUCCGGUAAGCCAGCUCACUCGUAGACUAUCUUAAGAAAUUCAUCGCCAUCCACACAGUCGCCAGUGUCCAACGAGUGAGCGCAGAUUGGGUUGUUGGCGGUCAUCGUUGCAUGUCUUCGUAGUCGCGCCGACAGGCGCUGUCUUAUCUUUUCAAGCAAUCGCCAACCAGCUGGAGCAGACAGCCGAGGGAUACACGCUCCCAUUGGUUUUAAUGUCAGCAUUCUCGUUCGAUUAGGAAUCUGGCUGCAUUUAGUUCCUGAUAGGGACAGUUUGGUUACGGUGUUUUCACGUCGCCGGUAUCGUUUGUCGCGUGUCGACCGUUACAACCCUGGUCACCCCGGAUACUUUUAUUCUCGAAUCCGGCAAAUGAGUCAGUCACACUGACGAAGGCGGACAAACAUCAAUAGCUGAUGUCCUUUGUGGGAGUCCUGUUAGAUAAAUGGAUAGACAAGUGAACUUCAAAAGCCACUGUUCCACUGAUACUUCUCCACCAGAACCGAAAUGAACCACUUUUGGAUGGAUUAAGAAACUCCGCGGCUGCUGAUUGAUAAGGCAGUAUAUGACCGGGUUUUGGCGUCCACAUAGUCAACUGAAACGUCUUCUUUUUCACUUUAUACAGAGAAAUGAACUGGUCUUCUAUCAUAAAAUAAUAUGUAGAUCAACGAAGAGACAUAAAAGACAACUGACGACAGUAAUAGCCUCUAAGACGGCCAUGCGAUAGAUGUGCUAGACCAUCAGAACGGGCUAGACCGCAAACCGGCAGGAUACGGCAGUCGAGUUGUCAAAAAAUCAGUAACCUGUAGUGUGGCACACUGUAAAAGCGCAUGACUUGUUGUCUGUGUUUACUUUCUGACAAACCCGCACAUUCUUCAGGGACCGGGUCGUGUGUGUAGAGGGCGUAGACACUGCGCCGACACUGUUUCGGCAUUGUCGGAGCCAGAUGGGCGAGAGAUGAGAGAGUGAGUAAGAUGCUGUGCAAGUCUGACCGCUAGUGGCCGCUGAACUCAACUCACUAAAGCCAUUCUAUUGGCCAAGUGGCGGGCGUAAUCGUUUGCGAGGGUCCAACUGCUGUGAGUGUUAUGGCACAAGUGUCCAGCCCUCACGGGCGACAAAGUCCACCGCUGUCCCACGAGGUGACUGUGGGUGGUGAGUUCUGCGUAAAUUUGUUUAUAGUGAAGCCGCUUGCGUUCCAUCUAUGCCAAAACCUUCGAAAGUGAAUUGGGGUCAGACAGCUGACAAGAGCAAGUAACCCGUCUACGCGUGCCACGCGCAACCUGACCCUCGAACACAUGUAGGUUAUGGUGUCACAGAGAGCAGCGCAGCAAUAGGUUACUGCAGUUCGACUCUUGGUCAUGAAAGAGACAUGGUUAACGUGUUAGGUAACGCCUUCCCAAGCAAAUGCAAGCGCCUAGUCGCUCCUGGCAUGCAUGUUUCAUUUCAUCUUCCCUGCCCAAUUUACGACUGUGAAGACGGAUUCAGAACGUUUUGAUCUCAAAUUGCAAGCCCCUAGCGGAAUAGUUUAUUAGAUACUUCGCCUUAACUUGGUUUCCAAACAGAGCAGGCAAUUACUAUUACAUUAUUUAUGCAGUUCACGCGUAGCGAGUUUGCGUUGACGAGGUUUGGCUGACUUUCCUGAAGAUGAAAUAAAGGACAAGAUAUUCCAAAUUCCUUUAGCUGAUCUUGACCGAACUUCGAGUAUGUCCAACAUUAAUGCCCACUUAAGGUCCUCGAAUGGAAAUCUGUUCGGAUGUUGUUCGUAUAAUCACAUCUGAUAUCGGUAGAGUUUAGACUGUAUGAAUUAUUGAUCAAGAAUCAAUUCAGCCUGAGUUAGGCAGGAGAAUAAAUAUCCCCGCUACUUCGGACGGCCUUAGCUAAAUGUCAGGUAGAGAAAGAGUACGGAUUGCUGUUAGGGCUAGGGAAUAAGUGGCUUCUAGAAUUCGUGCAUUUACGCCCGUGUCCAACAAAAUCUGUCUAAAGGAUUAAAAAACAGAGAAGGUUGGUCAAACGGAAGGGUUGCUGACAGAAAAUUAACCGUAGUGCUGACUAUGAAUACAGAGUUAUCUAGCAACUUGAGAAUUGUCAGUUAUGCCGAGUCAAUUCAGACUCCAUUUUGACAAACAGGACUGAAAUAUGCCCAGUUUUUCAACGAACGAGCAGUACUAUCAGUGUUUCCAAUAGAAGUGCAUAAAACGCGGCUUCACAUAACCUAGCCGCGUUUUUAAACUCAAAACCGAAACCUAUUUAUGGUACUUCCUCAUAUAGCCUUAUCAUUCUAUUCUGUGACGUAAAACUUUGAUUUUGUCAAAAGCAUACUCUAGGCGAUAUUUUUUUCAUAUUACUGUCCCAUCUAGCAAGCGCUUACACUAUAUUUUACUAGUUUUUUGAUACAAUUCUACCGAAGAAACUAUCCAAGGUUCAACCAGCAUGAAGUCUAUGCCCACUGAGAAAUUUUAGAGCAUAAACCAUUUACAAGAACCAGAAUUUAGGCAACGAAGCGCAAAUUUGCGAAAGUUUGAUCCGUCAUAAAAUUAGGUCAUUUUAAGUCAGUUCGGUUUCAUGGAUGACUACUGUAGAUUUUAGGCGGCAAACGCCUUGACUAAAAUUAAGAGAAUCGGGUUUUGUUGACGUGCGAAAGCUUGGGGGAGAUGAACCAGAAAAUUGCCGAGUUCGCUAUACUAGUUGGAGCAAAUUUUUCGAAGUCAAAGAUGUUCUUUCCUUCAGUCGGUGUUCAUGCACGAACUAAUUAUUUCAGGCAAUUAAUUUUUUUGAAAACGUUCCGUAAAAGUGUUUUUACAUUGACUAAACAAAACAAAGUGGCGAUAUGAGCAGAAAGGUGAGUUUCAGGAAGCGGCUGAAAAGGGGCUGCGAUCUUUGGAACGAGAACCUUCUUUGCUUGACGUUUCGGAUUGAUAAUCGAAGCCAUCAUCAGAGACAACGACAAAAAAGGGGGAGGAACGCACGGAGAUGCAGUAUCUAUAGGAUGCAGUUGCCAUGCCGCUGUAUGUCUGUCAUAUUAGUUGGCUCCCUCAUUCAUCGCAGGUAGACGUAGUUGUUGCGAGGAUGACUUACCCGUCUCCAUUCGAGUGAUCAAUUGCCACAAGUUCGUCAACUGUGUUGAUUGUGGAUGUGAUAAUGGCUCAGAUGACCAGGCAUGCCGAAGUAGUGUAGAGGAGUGCUACAAACUCUCAGAUUGCAGCUCAUUCAACAGGAUGGGACCCCUCAUCAGCCGAAGAUGAAAUCAUGAAGACCAGUUGGCGAGCAUACGUUUGCUUCCGAUAAAUUCUCAUCAGACCAGUACAUUAAUUUGCAAAUGAGGUAGCAGUUAGAACAUGUCAGUGCUAAGAGAAAUCGAUCAAAUUUCGUUUUUAAACACGUGCGGUGUGUGGGGAUAUGGGGGAUUGGGGUAAGAACAGUCACUGUCAGGGUCGGAGUGAGAGCGGAAUUGCGCGAAGAGUUGCAUGAUUAGUCGUCUUUUGGCCACGGUAGGUGCGGUGUCUGAACGUGGUUCUUCUGCGCGCACGAGAUCGGUUUUUGUAACCUGUUGCCGCUUUUGCUGUAGCUGAAAGGUGUUGGCCGAGUAGCUUACGGUAGCUCGAUGGGGUCCACAUUAUGUCCUAACUCAAAAACAUGCGCGAGAAGGGCGCUGUCUAUGCUCCUAGUUUGGCCUUUUCCCAGCUAGCCCAGGAGGUGUUCUCGUAUUCUCCUGAAUAGACGCCGACUCGUACUACCAAUAUAACCUGCUCCACAGGAAAAGGUAAAGGAGUAGGUAAAACACUGAUGUCGUUUGAGUUGGUAAUCUUCCGCUCUUACCCCGUCCCUGGCAUUGAUUGUUAUUAUCUCCCCCCCCCUUCCCCCCAAUAUUUCCACACCGUGAACGUGUUCCAAGACGAAAUUUAAUCGAUUUUAAAUAUCACUGACAUGUCUUAUCGUCUACACUGUCCGCGAACAAAUGUGCUGGCCUAAUGAAAAUUUGUCGAAAACAAACGUAUGCUGGUCAAUUGGUCCUCUGAACGCAGCCGUGGGAAAUUUCUUAACCCUGAGGCUUAAAUUCCCAUGAAUGAUAACAAGCGAGUGAGCUGAUGCAUGGCAACUGCAUCCUGCAAGUACUGAAUGCCAUGUGAACCCAACACCCUUAUCUAUGACGGUCUCUGAGAGAGGAUCCAAACCGUCAAGCGAGUAAGGACCGCAUCCCCCUUCUACUACGGCAAAAGUGUCGCUUUUUUCUUCCCAUCUGUUUCACAGAUCUCAAAUUAAGCUUCAGACUACUUCUUGAUAUGUGUUUGUCCGCCAGCGUCCAAAUAAUUUAGAUGGAAACUUUUUGUAUGAACGCAAAGCCAGAAUAACUGACGUACAUUAGAUGGGCUUGCUCAUGAAAUGUCAACCGAAAUUACGAAAUUCAUUACGAUUUUGGAAAGAUUAAUUAUUUGGCCUUGUUAAACUAACCAGCAUGCAGCUUAAUUCAAUAAAAUUUUAGCUACCUCAAGAUGUCGACUAUCGAACGAACUCCUUUCCGUUUGCAUUCAAAAACCAUACUCUGCGAAAAAUAACUACAUACGUAGCAUGCAGUUUUCAGAAUGACUUUCGACGCCCUUAAAAUUCCAUUAUAUUUCAUGGAAACCAUGCGUAAAAUAAUUAUGCUCUUGCCCAUUUGGUAGACGAUUACGUCUUCCUUCAUUAUAAUACUCGAAGGAAGGGUAUAAUUCGGUUUUUUAAAAGUUUCUAAUUGUGAGAUUUUUUAAUAUCGUAAAAUGCUCACUCAUAAAACGUCAUGUCCCCGCAUUUACCAACAUGGAUUCUAGAAUUAACAAUAUGGCUAACAUCCACUUCUGCAUUUAAUGAAUCCCAUAUGAUCACCUCUUAAUACCGUAGAGAAAUGUAGGGUUUUCCGUAGGCAAAAAAAGUACGACAUGUAGCUCGAAUACCCUGAAUGCAAGUGUAAUGGCAGGUCGGGUUAAAAAUUAUUCGGGCAUUAAAAAAGUUUUUAAAAACCCAAUUAUACCCCUCUUUCGAGUAUAAAAUUGGAAAAAUACGUAAUCAUCUACUAAAUGAGCAAGAGAAUGAAUAUUUUACGUAUACUUUUCAUAAAAUGUAAUUGCAUUUUUAGGGCAUUGAAAAUCAAUCAAAAAGUCCUGCUACGUAAGUAGUAAUUUUUUGCAGACUAUAGGUUUUGCAUACAGCCGUAAAGACGUUCGUUCGACAGCCGGCGUCUUGGGGUAGCUGAAUUAUUAUAGAAGUGAAAUGCAUGCUGAUAAGUUUAGCAACGCCACCUAACUAAUAGUUUCAAAACGAAAAUGAAUUCUGUACUGUUGGUUGACAUGUUAUGAGUUAACUCACCUACUGUAGGCUUCAAACUAUCUUUAGAUAUGAUUUUACCCGCCAGCAUCCAGAGAAUUUAGAUGUAAACUUUCAUGUGUCGCAACAGGUCUUCUCUGAUGUAACAACAGGUUUGUUGCUCCCUUUUCCCGAUGAAAUUAGCGCGAGUACCUGACGCUGGUUGAACAGUGUAUGAAUUUCGCCUGUGAAAUGAUGGAUCUCUGUCGCGGAACCCAGGAGGUGGAGGCUGUUAUCUCCGACUUUCUGGAGGACGGCGCAAACAUACGCGAUCCACUGAGAAGACUACGACUGGCAAUUCGGUUUGAGGAAAAGAAGGCAAGUCCGUGGUGCCGUGAUUUAAAGCACUUUUCGAGCAUGCGAACGUCGUAG